CUCCCCCAAGGCAGGGCAUUGCCAGCUGCCCCCCUUCAUGGAACUAUGCGACUGGCUGGGAGAGCCACUUAGCACUGCCUCUUUUGUGGUUCUUGCUUCGCUGUCCACUCCUCGCUGCUUCUUCCAGCAACUUUGCUGCACAGAGGAGGAGGAGGAGGAGGAGGAGGAGGAGGGUCCGAGGAGGGAGCGUCGCUUGCGUGUGUCAUUGGAGAAGCUCGCAGUUAAGACAGCAGCAAGCCACUCCGUGCUCAGCUUUGUCCUGUGCUACAAUUGUUCCAAGUUUUCAGAAGCCCUCGAAAGUGCUGGGACUUUCUGAAUCUGGAUGGGGAGCACAGCUCUGGGCGUGUCCCCUUACUGGCAGCCGCUGCUCUCGCGGUGACCCAGGCAUUGCCUGUGCCACCACCAAUCCCAGCGGAAUUAUCUGAGCACAAACCUCCUCCUCUUCCUCCCACCUAACCCUGCUGUCUGUCUGAGAUCAGGGGGUUGUUCUGGCUCGGAUGUCUGGGCACGGUCAGAGGCAGGAACAGAAGGGCCCCCUACUCCUUGAGCACUUCUAGUUCUCACCCUGCCCAGGGAGUUGUUUUUCUGACCGGGGGCCACCCUGCCACUGUGUAUUGGCACCAUGACUCACUGCCAGCGACGGUGCAAGAGGCAGCUGGGGCGGGCGAUCCGUUUCUUCUACCAGCUGGUCACGGGGACCCUGUCUCAAGGUAGGCUGCUUCCAGGGUUCUGGUGGAGGGGUGGGCUCUGGAGUUGGCAUGGCAAGGAACUGUGGCAGAUGGCUAGAGAUCAUGAGCAUUUUGUGGGGUGGUCUUUAAAGCCAUGGGCUCUGCAGUGAAGCACAAGGGGGGGCAAUCUUUCUCUCCCCCCUUAGUUGUAGGUCAUCCUGCCUCUUUGGAGUAGGGGAAGAAGAAAACAAAAUUGAUGUGGCUAGUCCAGAAUGAAAAUCGCCUGGGGAUCCUGGGCACCAAAAUGACAUACCUGAGAGAUGAUGGAGUCACACUGAGUUUCAGUUGCGCCUCCACACAUACUCUUAUGUUCUGGUUCAGGGCCAGGACCCCCAAUCAGGUCCUUGGAAUUGGUGGCUGGGUCUUUCUGCAGCCUUGCUGGGAGCACCAGGGCUGGCUGGGAAGAAAUUGUUCCUGCAUCACACCCUUUUCAGACUCUCUUGCUUUAAACAUGAGGCAUAUCUAAUGUGUUGGCUCCCAUGGCCCAUUUCCACCCCACCCUGUAAAAGGCCUCUUUGCAGAGAGAUGGAAGCUCUGCUCUGCAAACAGAAUUAUACGUACCCAGCAGAAGCACCGAGAGUUGGACUGGAGCCCAUUACUUCUUAUUGGAGUUGAUGCUGUUUGAUCUGUGCACCCAAACUUCAUGCUUAUUCCUAUUACCUGACCCAGAAAAGCAAGCCUCAGGUGGUUGAGCUCGAGCAGAUUCCAGCCUAUAUGCAGAGAUUCUAGGCUUUUUCAGCUUUUUCCUGUCCUAAUGUGCAACAGCUUUCUCCAUUCCUUCAGUGUCCUGUGUGCUUCCCAGGCGUAGGUUUGGGGCAAAGAGUGAGUCAUGAUUUAAGUGCACAUUCUAAUGCAAGGAUGAGGAGCCUGUGGCCAUCCAGAUCUUGUUAGAUUCCAACUCCCAUCAUCAAGGCAUAUAGUCAGGGAUGAUGGGAAUUCUAGUUCAACAUCAUUUGGAGUACCAGAAGUUCCCCACACAACUUCUAAUGUGUGUUGUCCUCCUUUUACUAGUUAAAUCUCAAAUGGUUCUCCUCUGGUGUCAUCCUUUCCUGAUCUAGAAGCUGAUUGAGUUGAGGAAGAAUCACACCCCCAACAUAUUCCCUCUGCUUGUUGGUCUCUAGAAUUCAGUGAAUAUUCAAAGGAUUUCUGUCGCUGGGUCAGGUUGCCCAGUGGAGGUGGUCAGAUUCGUUUUCAGCUCUCCCCUACUAGAUCUGGGCUCAGUAUUUCAAGAUGGUACUUCCUCCUGCAUUCGCUGUCCAUCCCAGCCUAUUUCUGGACCCAAUGAGUGGCAUAUUGCUCUGAAGCAUGGAGCUGUCUCUGCCAUUUCCAGAGUCACACGCAACAGUUUGGUAGGAUGCUAGCACUGAUCGCUGAAAAGUUGAGGAGCAUCAAGGGCUGCAUUAUGUACUUCCCAACUUCACUCCCUAGUGAUGCUAAUUCUGUAUUUAGCAGGUGCCAGUCUUGAGUUUUGUAAAUUUCAUUGUGAUAGGUGUGUCUUCUUGAGGAAGGCAGAGAAAUAGCCUAAUUUGUGGAUGGACUGAAUAUGGGUGGAACUUAACUGCCUGCAGGAGAUGAUGACAGUAGCUCUGGUUUACCAUGAGGACUUCUUGAACUUAAGCCCAUUUCUUGGAGAGUGAAGUUGAGAUUCUAAAUGAUGCCAGGACCUUGGGCUGAAAGUGUGCUUGCUGUAAUGUUGAUCUGCUGGACUACAACUCCCACCAUCCCUGACCUCCAGCAACAUCUGGUACCCCAUCCCUGGUUUAAUGUAACUGAAUAGCAAUGACUGAAAAUGUAUUUCAGCUCUGAACGCCUUGUUCUCCAAGCCCCAUGCUCUGUCAGCCACACCACACACUACCUGAUUGCCCAGGUAGAAUGAGGAUACAAUUGGUUCUCCUGCCCUACUUUGCCAGUUUCCUAUACUAUUUGUCAGGAAAGUUCAUUUCACAGCUGGCCAUCAGAGCUUAGGUGCAUAUUCAGGUGUAUAUUCAUAAUGCCUAUUCAGAAGGAUGCAUUUUGUCCUCUGUGCCAUUGGCUGUAGCACCCAAGUCCCUAAAACUGGCAUGUUAGAGUCAUCCUUGUGUUUGCCUGAGGAUCAAGACAAGUUCCUCAUGGGCCAUGCCUCAGUUUUCCUAGGUCAUGCAAUAGGCAUUUAUGGUUAGUCAGGAAUGAAUAACUUUCGUUUACUCUGGAGUCAAGGCACUCAGAAUUUGUCAGUCUACCUUAGCUCAGCAUCCAUGGUUGAGGUUUAACAGAGGCAAACAGAAACAGAAUCAUCAGGUUUAGCCAGCAGCUUGUGUUCUUCUCAAGAUUUAAAGCCACUUUGGCUUUAUGCUUUAUGUUUGGCUUUAUGUUUACCACAGGUACACCCAUGCUUGGGUGGCAAACACCAGAAAAUAUGAAUUCUGGUAUUCUGAUUUAGUCUGUGCCAACUGUUCACAUGUGAACUUUUUUGUUUGUUUAAAAGUAGCACUUUUAGGCUGCUGAACUGACCCAAGUCCCCUUUGUCCACCCCUUUCACUGCUGUUCCCAGGCUUUUUGCUGCCUGAUCAACUGAUGUUUUUAAACAGUGUCAGUUUGGGGUGGGGAGGAAGAGCAUGUAUUCAGCAAGAUGAUGUCAUGCAGCCAAUUUAAUUUGGCUGUGUGCAAACAUUGUCAAGCCAGUUCAUAGCGAGAGUAGUGUUUCCUGCAUCACAUUAUCCUCACUCUCAAUAUGCUCUGGGGAUGAGAGGGAGAGUGCUUACCAGGGCGGUAGGGCCAUCACCCCUUUUAACACCCACCCCAGUGGAAAAAGCAUUUGCAAAAAGCCCUUCUUCCUGCCACACACACACUUUGUCUCACCCUAAGUGCAGUGUCGUUUGUUCCAUUGUGUUGAAAUCCUUGUGCGAAUUGGGAUAUUUCCAAUCAAACACUGCAGGUGCAAAUGGGAAAGUUGGCUUCUUUGCUUCCUGUCAAAACAAAUGGAAUUUCCCCCCAGACGUCUUUCCCUGACUCUGCCUCUUUAAAUGACUCCACCGGUUCAUGGAACAUGCUGCUCAAUGGGGCUUGCUCCCUUAAUGUUCCUACCUGAUACAAAAGACAAUGUAGAUUAAGAACAUUUCCCCUGUAGCUGGCUGCAGACAGUUAAUCAAAUUACCCCAAGAAAAGAGAGAUUCAAUUUGUGUGAAGGGUGGAAAAGAAGAUUAACUUGGUUCAAAACAGAAUAUUUGGUGUGAGGGAUCAACUGGUAUCCUCGCAGCAGCUUCUCCAGGGACUGACUGAAUCACAACAACUAGGCACUUGAUGUAUCAGCCCGGAUUUGCUGAAAUCUUGGACUGCCAAUAUUUAUGCAAUAUCUUGCAUAAAGUGUGGAGCUGGAUGGAAGGUUUUUGCAUCUAUCAUUUCCCCCCUCCCAGACAUGCAUGUUUAUUAGUUGAGGGAGUUUGCCAGUGGCCUGCAAGGAAAGGUACCUCUGAUUCAAACUCCAAGCUCAGGUGGGCCUGAUGUCAUCUCUCUUUUUCUGCAAGAAUAAAAACCUGAAUUUUGGCCACGAGAAUGUGACUUUUGGACUCUGCCAUAAGCAAGGGUAUCAUCUAAUAUUAACUAGUGAGAAGAUGCAUUUUUUUGUUUUUAUGUUAAAAUUAUAUUACAUUUAAUGCAAUUUCUUUUCUUAAAUGUAAUGUAAGUUGUUACAAUAUUUCCCCUUAGGAUUCAAGGGUCUGCACCCUUAUUAUUUGGUCUGCCAGUGCUUUGUUCCUGCUUCAGAGGAGCUUCAGGGGUAUUAGGAUACAAGCCUGCUUAGAGUUUGACUCUUUCCCCAUAAAACCUUUGUACUUAAUCUUAGGGCCUUAGUACAUCAUUUUUAUCAUGCAUUCAUGGUGCUAUCUAGGUGGUCAUACACAGUCCCACUUUCAAUACUGUUUGAAACGUUUGCAAAUGUUUUGGGGUGGUCACACUGCUUCAUUCCCAAUCAAUGCCUAUCCUAUAACUUCCUGCUAAAAUCCCAUAACUUCUUAUACCACCAACAAACUGGUUUAUCUUGUUGCACUGUAGCCCCUCCAAUAAUGUGGUAGCAUUGGGGAAGCAUUGCAGAACAACUAAUGAAACAGAAUAAACCCACUGCUAAUGGACUAUUACUAUGUCAAGAGCAAGUUGCAUUAAUGCAUAUGAAAUAAAAUAGUCUGGACGGGUCUCUAGGUGUGCAGAAGCAGAUUGUGGCUAAUGAAUGAAAGGCACUCUGCACAUGCCCUAAGGUGCUCUCUUCUGUAUUAUUCAUUCACAUGCCAUUAGAGCUGGGCCCAGUCCAAAUAAAGCACAGACUCCCCUGUUAAAAGUGCCCUGGAAUGCUGUGAGCUCCCUGUGACGCUGGGCGAAGAGAAAUGAUUCCAGAUCAAUUAACCAGAUUGAAACAGUAACAUCUGUAGCCAAAAAUAGCCUUUUGUCAAUAUUUGGCUGUGCUUUAUUAAUAAUCAGCUCCCACUCUGAUUAGCAGCUCUGUAAUAAGAUUCAGCUGUGACCUAAAUUUAACUCUCCUAAUGGACAGAUAAAGCAAAAAGAAGAAGAAGAAGAAGAAAAGAAGGUAUUAGCCAUCAUUAGAUCAGCCUGACCAGGCCAGGUAAUCUAGGUGAGUGGGCUCCCAGCUGCAGGAAAUGGCACCCAUGUCAUCAGUGAUGAACCCUCAUUUCCUGAGCAUUGCCUUAGCUGAACAGACGGCACAGGCAGAUUCAAAUUCUGUAGGACCCACGUUCCGCUGCUGGCUGAGUUGCGUUUUAAGGAAACUGUUGCUGUUAUAUAACUAUGAAAUGGUCCAUGUGAUCCAUUGCCCUAUUUCAGAAAGAAAUCAAAGCUGGGGUGUGUAUAAUUAACCCAUAACUGACAGAGAUGGGAUUGUGUUGGAAUAUAUAUAUAAUAUUUAUGCUGUUCAGAUAAAUAGGAUCCCAGGGCAGCUUACAAUAACCAGUAGUAGGAUUGUAAGCCUGAGGACAGGGACUCUCUAAGAAGACACGGCACAGAAGGAAAAAGGGUGAGGAGGGAGGAAGGAAACAGCAAGCUCAGGAACCAGUUCUUAAAGUUACAGUCUUUACAACGCAGUUAUAUAGUUCUACCUGCAGAUUCUAGAGAGCAGCCCCUCCCUGGAAGUGCUCCCUCCUCCUCAAGGUUAUAUCUAGGAACAGAGCGGGUGGAAAUGUUUGUGUCAAGAGAGCAGGAUUGUUCUUGGCACACAGUUCUUCCCUCAGUGAGCUGAUUCGAGGACAGCCAGAAUCCUAAAGAGAGGCCUUGAUGGAGUCGCCCGCCUCCCUUGCUGCUCCCUGAUGUGGUUCUGGCUGUCUUGGCAAAGAGCAAGCUCUUCCUGGGAUCACCUUUCUCAUCUCUAGAUCAGAUCUGGGAAUCUGCCAAGUGUUUUGUGAUGGUCUUGCACGGCGUGGUAUCCAGAAAAUGCUGCCUGCAUUUUUGGCUUAUUUUUGGGGAGAGAGGUUUGAAGGAUGCUCUGGUGUCCAGAGCCUUCAGCUCAAAUUCUCCAAAUACCUCCAGUCUCCCUUGGGCUUGCAGAAGAAGGCGACCAUCCUGGGUUUUGGUUUUUUAAAAAAUUGAAUGCAGAUGGCUUUUUGUGAUCUGACAACCCAUCCUGCACAGUGCUUGAUGUGGGCAGGCUGUAGGGUCAUGGGGCCACACAUUCACAAUGGCAUGGAAAAUUAGUGGCCGUGCUUGAAGCCUUGCCGAUGUGCAACUCUGUCUGCUAUUUUUACCCAGGCAGGUGGGUGACUGUUUAAUUUUAGCUGAGUGCCAGCACUGUCUCGCCAGGGAACUGGUGGGUGGUUGUGUGUGUGUGUGUGUAUUCACAGCUUUAUUUUACAUAUAGAGGGAGAUAAGUGGGGUGAUGACACCUGGUUCUUAGACUCUGACUGCGUGCAAAGGUGACAGCACAGUGGUGCACUUAUGGCAACACAGGCUACGUGUAGAAAAGUCAUAGCUCAGUGGUAGAGGAUUUGCCUUGCAUGCAGAAGGUCUCAGGUUCAAUCCCCAGCAGGGAGAGGCUGUCUGAAACCCCGGAGAGCCACUGUCAGUGUAGACAAUACUAAACUAGAUGGACCAAUGGUCUGAUUCUGUAUAAGGCAGUUUCUUGUUAUCCUAAGUGCUUUGAACAUUUGAAGAUGCUAUAUUAUUAUACAGUAGUAUUAUUAGGCCAAAGGGUGAGCGACUGAACCCAGAUCCCUGGACAUUGUCAUCUGCUUCACAUGUAGAUCACAAAAGGAUUGUGGUGAAGGGCUGGAGGAGGCAAUGUUGCUUGUGUAUGCUGCAUUUCAGGGUACUUAUAUUUGGAGGACUAUCUUUGUUGUGCUAAAGGUAACCCAUUACGCAGCUCAGGUUAAUCAUGUCUGGUUAGUGUUUAGAGAGAGACUUACAGAUACCUAGGGCUUAAUACACCUGUUUCCUCUUGGUCUGUCUGUGUUGUAAAAAUGCAGUAACUUCGUGAGUGAAGGAGGAAAAUUCUCCCUUUCUGAAAUGGAAGAAGGUGACACUGUUUAUUCCUGUGGGUUACCCAGUGGUGACAUGAAGUGUUUGGACUGUUACUCCCAGGUACCCCUUUUGUUUAACAGAGAUUGCUUUUAGUGUAUUGCCUGUGGAGAGCUUCUGCUCCUUCCCUAUGCCUGUCUUUGAUAUCAGCCAACUAUUGUUUGUUUGUUGCUGAGAACAUCUGCAGCUAAGGAAGCAUUCUGUCUAACCAGAAAGUUUGCUUCCUUCAUUUUAAACACUAGGCUCGAUUGCUGCUUCUCAGCUUUGAUGCAAUGAAUACUGCUAGUAAAACACUUCCUUCAGUUGCUGCUGAAAUUUGAGAGCAAAGCUAUUUGGGCAUCUGGAGGUGGGUGAAGCUUAACUGAUCACACUCAUGCAUGUGCGCACACAUGUGUGCACACGCACAGACUUCAGAGACAUAGUGCUUCUUAAUUGGCACCUCCUGCCUCCUGGAGAAGAGUUGAAGCAAAGUUUGUAGAUAGGGCUGGGGUAGACCCCUGGCAAAAAGCUUGGAGGACUGCUGCUAGUGAAUUUAGACUAAGGGUGUCUUCCAGAUGUUGAUGGACUACAACUCCUAUCAUACCCAGCCAACUUAGCCAGUGGUCAGGGAUGAUGGGAGUUGUAGUCCAACAACAUCUGAGGACUCAUUUUAGAAGACUGAUCUGGACAAUGCUGAUCAAGAUGAGUCAAUGGUCUGAGAUUAUAGGGCAGCUCCCUGCCGACCAUUUACUCCCUGGGUGGGGCACAAAAGACCUCCAUAUUUAUAUCUAACCAUGGUUUCAGAACAGUGAGCCCUGCUGCUCUAAGCAGUUGGCUUAGGGAAGAGGAAGGAAGUGUGUGUGAGUAAGAAUUAAAUUUGAAAGACCAUAAGAAGUUGCCGUAGGUGAGGAUGGGCACUCCUGGCCUCCAUAUCUUACCUUGGGGGAGAUUUGAGCUGUGGAGGGAGUUACUGCUUCUUCAAGCAGGCAAAAAGCAAAGCAGAAACCCAGCUACUUCUGCGCAUUCAUUUAAUGUGCAGUUUAAUUAAGCACAAUUUAAUAUCUUCCCAUUCAUUAUAUAUAAAGCUCCAUGGGGAGGGGGGAGGGAAGCCCCAAACUGCCAGGUGGCAAUCUUUGCUGUGGGACAGAGGCGGCCUCAGUUUGUGGGGUGGAGUGGGGGGUUGUGAGUUCACACAGGAAGAUCCAACGCAGUAGGUCCUGAUCCUGCCCAAGUAGCUCACCUUCCCCUUCUCCAAUGCUCACCCCACUGGGCUCCCCCCGGGCCAGCCAGUUAUUUUUAGACAGACGCCAUGUGUUGGAAGGAGAACAAUUAAUGUAAUUGGUUUGGGGAGCCUCGUUUGUGCACGGGGCUGAGGGUGGCUCUGAAUCUGCCUGGAAGAGGCUGGCACCAACAUAGCAGAGGACCAGGGGGAGCCAAGGGAAAGCAGGGUGGGCAACGCAUCUGGCAUGGAGACAUGGAGAGGGAAACGCCACACAGUGACAGCCUCUUGUAUGCCUCCCUUAUCGUCAUCCUCCUGGUCAUGUCCUACUGGUUCACGACCAAGUGCUUCAAGAUCCUCAGUGGCAUUGAAGGUAAAUUGUGGGCUGCGGGGGGUGGAGGGUGUCUGGUGGAAAGGAAGUGCUGAAGGCAAACCCCAGGUGGAAACGCUGGGAACUGGGAGGAAAGGGGUUUCUUGCCGCAUAGCAGGCAGCAAGGAUUAGGGGCUCCCAGCUCCUUUACAGCCACAGUGUCUUCUCUUUUUCUUCUUCUGCAAUUGCUUUACUCUACCUGCACUUUUCUUCCUUCCCUGGGUCCCUGAUCUCUUAGCAUGUUGGCAGUGGGCUACCCAGUUCCCCUCAGUUUAUAAAGUCCCCAUACCUGUGCACUGAUCCGUGUUCCCAAAUUAACACAUGGUCUAAUGCGGUAGUCUUCAGCGUUUUGAGAUCCAGGACCCGCUUUUAGUCCAAACAUUCAUUUGGGGGUCUACUUCUUAAUCUUUUACCAUAUAUUUGCAUGAUGGUAGUGCUCCUGUUGUGGCUCACCUUGGAUUCGGCUGCAACCCAAUAGUGGGUCCCAACUCACCAGCUGAAGACCAGUGGUCUAAUGGACAGCCUUGGGGCUUAAAUUCCUAAAGGGAGACUUUGGAGAACCGCAGAAGGUUAUCAUUCUCUGUGGUGGGUUUUUUCCCAUCUAAACCCAGUUGUGUUGUGUCUAGUUAUGGUUACUUGGAGAUAGGAGAAAGCACUCUGUGCAUGCUCUUAAUUAUUAUCAAAGCACCCUGAUCUUUGUGCUUCUGAAUUGAGCAUCCAAGAUCAAUGCUUUGUGUGUUCAGCUCUAUUUCUGGAGUUGCUCUUGCUGAAUGGGAUGCUCCCUGAAUAAUUGUCCUUUGAUUCUGAACUCUGAGUGAUUUUCACAAUAUAGAGAAGUAGGGAAAUUAGCUUUCCCCAGUUCUGAAGUGGGAAUAAUAGGUCUUAGGUGCUGUGAGUUCCAUAAGCACCAGAAGUUGGUGGUGUGGGUGCGAUGGAUGCCACUGCCUUAGCUUCGCUGGACUUUAGCGUACAGUUUAUGACCAGAUGACAUAUUGUGCUCCUUUCCAUCAUGUUGGCACUCUGUAAUGCCAGCAGUGUUUGUGGAGGUGGGGGUUAUGGGUAGGAAAGACUGGCACUUUGCAGUCCAUUCUUUGGAUCAUGUUGUAGUUCUCAGUUCUUUUGACAGAGCACUGCAGUUUGUUGCUGUUGUUGUCUGAGAAGCUUCAUCAGGGUGGUUCUUCUGCCAGUUAUACAGUAUGAUUUUACACAUACACAAAACGGCAGGGAACAGAUUGAGAAAAGUGAAGGUGAAGACAAGGACUAGUUUGGAGCUGUCCACAGGCAGAGUGAGAGAUAGGCUUUGGCUGCAAUCCCUCAGACCUUGUGGGGGACCGGACUAUAUUUUGGAGGGAAAAUGAAUGAAUUCCUAUGCCCCACAAAUAACCCAGAGAUGCAUUUUAAAUAAAAAGGCACAUUCUACUCAUGUAAAAACACGCUGGUUCCCAGACCGUUCGCAGGCCGCAUUUAGAAGGCGAUUGGGCCGGAUCUGGCCCCCGGGCCUUAGUUUGCCUACCCAUGUGCUAGACCAACUACUAGGCAGUUGUGCCUGGUACAUGCAUAGAGAGGGAUGCAAGGUACAUGCAGAGAGAGAGAGAGAGAGAGAGAGAGAGAGAGAGAGAGAGAGAGAAACUGACCUGAGAAGGAGAUGGUGCUUUUGAACGAAAAAGAAGAUGGCAACCCUGGUUAUGAUAAUGGAUAGUACCAUUUGCUGUAGAGGCUGAAAAUCCAUUCCAGAAGGACAGCCUUUUUUUUUUUUUUUAGUUUAGAGAAAGGACAAAGUACAGGGGACACGAAAGAGGUGUAUUAAGAUUAUACAUGGUGUGGAGAAAGUGGAUGUUUUUUCUCCCUCUUUUGUAAUACCAGAACUCCAGGACCAUCCAAUGAAGCUCAACGUCAGAAGAUUCAAGGCAAACAUAAGAAAGUCCUUCUUCACACCAUCACGUAGUUAAACUGUGUAGUUUGCUCACACAAGAUGUAGUCGUGGCCACCGACUUGGAUGGCUUUAAAAGCAGACAAGCACGUGGAGAAGAAGGCUUGUAGCCGGUGACUCCUAGCCAUGAUGCCUCUGCUUUGCCUCCACUGUUAGAGGCUCGAUGCCUCUGAAUGUCAGUUGCUGGGAAUCAGAAGUGGAGAGAGUGCUAUUGCACUCAAGUCCUGCUUGCGGGUUUCCUAUAAUGGCCAUCUGGUUGGCCACUGUGAGAGCAGGAAGUUGGGCUAGAGGAGUCUUUGGCAGGACUCUGUGCUUGUGAGCACAGGGGCCAGGAUAUGGCCUGAAUGGGGGAAUCCUGGGCAUUUCUGCCCCCCCACCUCCUCCACCACAGGGCUCCAAAUAGGCUUGCAUUGUAGACUCUACACUGCUAUUCUGUGUGCCCAUAGUCCUUAGCUGCUUGACAUGUGUUUGCUUGUUCAUUACAUUUCUAUCCUACCUUUCCUGCAAGGAACUCAAGGCAGUAUAUGUGGUUCUCCACAACAACCCUGUGAGGUAGGUUAGGCUGAGAGAUAGCUGCUACCCACACUGAGUGGGGAUUUCAGCCUAGGCCUCCCCAGUUCUAAUCUAACACACUGGCUGUUAUAGUCAAAUGAGACCGACGUCAGCAUCCAGUCUCCCUAAGUGUGAAUGUAAUUUUCAGGCAAGGUCCUCCAUGCCUUCAAUUAGCCCUGCUGUACCAUUUCUUUCAAAUGCUUUUAGACACAGCUGCGGACUAGUUUCUUGGCAGGGACCCUGCCUGCCAUGCCCAUUUGGAGCAGGAAGUAGGGUUUCUUCAGCAGGAGCAGCAGCUGUGUUUCAGACAACAGAGGUGUCGCAUGAAAUACAACAGGGAUGGGGAACCUAUGGCCCUCCAGACAUUGUUGGACUCCAGUUUCCAUCAGCCCUCUGCCAGCAUGGCCCAAUGAUCAGGGAUGAUGGGAGUUGUAUGCCAGAAACAUCCAGAGGGCCACAGGUUGCCCCACUCCUGAAAUACAGAAUCGAUACCUUCUAACUUUAAUAUAGCUUUCAGUGCAUCCAAGUUCCCUGCCUCAGAAGGUGCAAAGAGGAGGCUGCAAGCUGUGGGGCCCAAUGCAUUAAGAGGGCCGAACCAACAGAGAGAGGAAGAGGGUGGGUGGGUGGGUGCCUGCCAAGUGCUGACACUUAAAAACUCAAGAGCAAAGCGAAAGCAAACUGGACAAAAUUUCAGAGUCUCAUCUCUUCUUUCCACCCCAGAUUUAUGGGCUCAGUAUUCUAUACUGACAGAAGCAUUUGUUGGUAAUUCAUUUGUGAAUUUGCUACUUGCUAUUAAUGAAUUCAGAGUGAUGUCGCUUAUUUGUUAUAAAUAAUUUCUGAAGCACUUCAGUAUGUCAAGUGCUUUACUACUUGUCAUCUCACUUGCCUCUCUAUCCCUGUGAAGUAGGUCAUUGCAAUUUCCAUUAUAAGGACAAUAAGUCAAGACUGAAGUCCUUUCUGCAGGAUCAAACAAAAGUGCCCCAGCCACAUUUCCUGAUUUGUGUGAUGCUCUUGCAAAUUUGAAUCCAGUACUAAGAGUGCACUAUUGCUGCUGUUUCUCCUUUCCCCCUUUUUGGAGUAACUCCCACUAACUACAUGUAGUCCAUCACACAGUGGUGCCAGGGCAGGUCUUCAGAGCAGGAGUCCAGGGCCUCACUCAGCAGAAUGGGUAGCCCCCUCCCACAUAGGCAGCAGGAGGGGGGAUUCACCACUGUGUGCAGGAAGUGAAGCAACAUACAUUGCCAUUUAAGAACCCCUACCCACUCAUAAACCCACUCAUUUUCCCCGACCAUUGGCCAUACCAGCUGGAGCUGAUAAGUGUUGGAGCCUGACCAUACCCAAAGCUUCCCCAUUCCUGAUGUACCAAGAAGAUUCAUUCAUUGACCACAGGGGUUAGAUUUGAUGGCCCCCAAUGUCUCUCCCAAUUCAUGAUUCUGUGAACUCAAGGCAGCUAAGAGUUAGUGGGUGGAUGUAAUUUUGAUGCCUUUGCUGCUUAUUUAAGUUUUAGUUGCUGUUGUUUGGAUGAAUGUGCCAGUGCUGGAAUUGUGUCCAGUUCCCAGCAACAUGGAAGCCAGGCAUAGACUUGUGAACUGAGGCAGGAGCGCUGCAGGCAAAUGAAGACUAAGGCUGGACGCCAGGUUCUAGGACACAAUAGGUCAGGGGCUGUGAAGAAGACUGGAGAGAGAAGCUUAUUCUGUAUUCUAUACUGUCUACAUUAUGUUUGUCCACACUGAACAUACACAGCUAUUGAGAUUGCCAUCUGUGCAAAGUGUCACAUUUUUUCAGGUCUUAUAUUUCUAAUAUGGGGGAGUGUAGGAGUGAUGUCCCUGAAACAUAAGGCCAUCUUCCAUGAAAGGCAUGUGAACUGUGUUCAGCAAAAAAAAGUAAUUCUGGAGAAAAGUGGAAUAUGUAUGUCCUGUAUUAACCAAAAAGGAGCCAUUCUGAAAAGUGUAAGCCAUUGAAAAGCCACAGAAGUGAAGUAUUCAGUCUAUCUUUUGCAAUCGCCUGACCAGACACAACUUGUGUAGACAGUUCCUUGGAAGUGCUGAUCAACUAGCAUUCUUCAUCUCUCACUGGGAUGACAUAUAUACUGCCGUUUGUUCUAAUUUGCAGUUUUAUCAGAAUGCUUUGAUUGGUUUCCAGAAGCACCUGGCUCCUGAGAUUAUAAACUAUACCUGAAAAUAGGAGCAGGAAAUGUAACCCACAUACGCUUCAACCUGCUUGAUCUAUUCUUUAGAAGAGUGGGCCAUGAGAUCCUUAUGAGUUAAAUAAGAAAGGAGUACUUAGGCUUCACAUCAGUUUCGAGUUGUGGGAUGUGAGGGUGGGAGGGAGUGUGUGGGAAGGUGGGGGUGGGGAUGGGGAUGUAUGGUGUAUGUGAACCAUCUCUAUUUAUCUACAUGGAAUUAGCUUAAAUACAUGGUGUGGCGAUGUCAGCAGUCUUGAGCAGGGUGCUAGGGUGAAAGCAAUUAAAAAUUAAGGUUGCACAGAUUUUUUUGAGCUUAAAUUUGGGCAUGAAAAUUAAGCUACCCUUAUUCAGGAAGAGGGGGAUGUGAUUAUUAGUGGUCUUUUGCAUCAGUUUCCUUCAUGCCUUCUGUCAUGCCUCUGCUAGAGGAGUCCUCCUCAGAUGAAAAAUUGCUGCUCCCUGGGGGGAACCAUAUGGAGGAAGAAGUGAGGCAGACCCAGGCCUAUCAGACUAGACUGUUAACAUCCCAAGCCUGGGCUGAGCCACCUCCAAGCCCUGCUAAGCUAUCUACCAAAGAAUGCAGGAGUUGUUUCUCCAACCAGGAGCUGCCCAAUCCUACAUUUAAAGCCUGAAUCUCUUGUGUCUGUAGUGCGUUGCUAAAUGCUAUGUUCCAGAUUCCUCUGCCGCAUAAUGCCAUUCUCUGCUUCCGUUCUUACCAGACUUCACCUUCUCUUCCUGAAUUUCCUCUAGGCUGCCUACUUCCCGCUUUCCUCUAGGCUGCGUUGUCACAUGCGUGUCCUUCAUUUCACCAUCCAGGUUUCCAAAGUAUGGAUGGUGGGCUGCUGUGGGAGUGAUGAAAUCCACUUGGCCACUUUAUGGCUAAGAAAGCACGGUGGUGUGAGGAAUAUUGUCCCAAGUCAGUGUCACUAGCUCCCACUAAAGUGGUGCCAGACUAUUAUUGUCUUAAGGGUCCCCGAGUAGAUGUGGGUCCCCAGAUGUUUCUUGCAUACCACCCAUGUCCUUGCACAACACCCCCUGAGUUCUGCUUCAUCUACCUGAAAAGCAUCCACCCCACAGAACCCCUACAAAUAAUGCAGGAUGUUAGAAGGAAUUUUGCUCUUGCAUUUGGAUCUGAGCAGCUUGCCGUUUCAGCACCCUGGACAGUUCAUGUGCUUCAUUACCAGGCACAUAGAAGGCCUCAUUAUUUUAAGAAACAUUUUUAAAAGAAAAAUCUGUGAAAAGGAGGGUAGGAACAGAAGGUAUCUACAGUCAAAUACAGAGAAUUCACCCCUGUGAGAUCAAAUGCUUAACUCUUCACAAUCCCAACCAAACCAUGGCCUUCCUUUGAAGCUUCAUUUCCCUACAUAGUUUUGCAAUUAAUAUGCUACAGAUUUGUGGAAUGGAAAGGGUGAUUCAAUUUAGGGCUCGGCUGCGUUCAGAGACAAGAAUAGGCUCAGUCGUAAAUCCUUUUAAUGUUAUCUCCCCGACUUCCCAGAGUUCUUUUGCUCACCUGCAUGGAAAGAUGACUUGCUAAAUCAAAGACGAAUUUAUAAUAAUUGUGAAUUAGAUUGGAGAAUCGGUGCAACGAUAAGCCUUAGCAGGCCAAUACGUCAUUUUGCAUGCUUCUGCAUUUGCAGUAUUAAUUUUGCAGCUACAACAAGUGACACCUUGGUCACAGAUAAGAUGGAACCAUAUGUAAUGGCAAAUUAAUAACAAACCCUUUUUAAAAAAGCCAAAACAAAAAACCUUCACUGUUUCAAGGAGUGUGUAUUUAAAAUUACACAUUCAUUAAAGAGAGAAGUACUUUAUUGCAUAUGUAGGCAUUGAAUGGAUCCAACAAUGUGGAAUCUUCCUUGACUUUAGCCCACAUGUUUGAAUAGUUGCUCCAGGUUCUUGAUCACUGUAGGCAAGUAUUGCUCUUAACUUCGCUUGAAGAAGUUUCUCCCUUAUUGUCUCUGGUGCUUCCAGACAAGUUGCUGCAUCAUUUACAUUCCAGUCUCAUUUCCCAUAUGACAUUCAUGAGGUAAAGUAGGGAUGGGGAAACCGUGGUCCUCCAGAUGUUGCUGGAUUACAACUCCCAUCAUCCCUGAUAAUAAUAUAUUAAUAAUAAUAAUUUAUUAUUUAUACCCCGCCCAUCUGGCUGGGCCUCCCCAGCCACUCUGGGCGGCUUCCAAAAGAAUAUUAAAAUACUGUGAUACAUCAAACAUUAAAAGCAUCCCUAAACAGUGCUGCCUUCAGAUGCCUUCUAAAAGUCUGGUAGUUGUUGUUCUCUUUGACAUCUGGUGGGAGGGCGUUCCACAGGGAGAGCGCCACUACCGAGAAGGCCCUCUGCCUGGUUCCCUGUAACUUGGCUUCUCGCAGUGAGGGAACCGCCAGAAGGCCCUCGGUGCUGGACCUCAGUGUCCGGGUAGAACGAUGGGGGUGGAGACGCUCCUUCAGGUAUACUGGACCGAGGCCGUUUAGGGCUUUAAAGGUCAGCACCAACACUUUGAAUUGUGCUCGGAAACGUACCCUGACCAAUAACCAUGCUAGCUGGGGCUGAUGGGAGUUGGAGUCCAACAUUUGGACUGCCACAGGUUCCCUACCUCUGAGGUAGAAGGUGUGUUUUGUAUGAAUCAGUGUGGAUUACUCAACCUUUAACAUCCUUUCAGAAGGUUAACCCUGUGAGUCCAUUGCAGCACAAACAACAAAAGCACUUGUGGCACCUUAACCUAUGUAAACAACUGAACAAUAGUCAUUUUCCUUUUGUGGCAAAGGGAUUACAUUUUCAAUGCAUAUUAAUGCGUGAGUUGGAACUUAAAUGCACUGCUGAUUGUUAAUAGAAAUGUUAGGUAGUAAAUGUUCUAACUACAUGAAUCUGUUUUAGAAUCUUGUUAUUCAUAUGUGUCUGAACGUGCAUGUUUCAUGAGAAACUAUUUUGCGUUUGACAGCCACUAUGAUGGUUGGCAGUGAGGUAAUUUAAAUCCUGAUGUUUAAAAUUUGUUUGGUGGUUCCACAACAAGAUGACCAGCUUUACAAAAAUAAAAAUAAAAAAAUGCUUUUAAUAGUCUUCUACUUUUUUGGAGAUUUCAUGCCAGCCGAGUGCAUUAGUGUGUUUUUUUCAAAAGAAAAGAAAGAAAGCUCAAAAGGUUUUAUCUGCCUGAAGCACAAAAACAGUUCUGUUUAGUAAUUCUGAAGGUUUUGGCCUUGGUUAUUGCUAGGAAACCUGAGCAAGGGAGGUUUCCAGAUGGAGGAAGGAGAGAAGAUUCCUGGCACACGGCAGGGGAAAGAACUAAUCUGAAGCCAGGGAUUAGCAAGAUGUGGUACAAAUGGAUGCUGAACUCUUGUUUGUGGUUGUCCAGGUAGACUUUAGCCACCAGAGGGUGUAAUGAAGCUGCAUUUUAGAGCAGUGCUUUUGUUUUGUUCUGUAUCUCCCCAAAUAUCAUUCUGGCCAUAUUUAGAAUUUUUAUUUAUUUAUUUAUUUAUAAAUAUUUAUUAAAGUUUUCACAAUAUUACAUAAUGAAAAAGAAAAAAGAAAAAAUACAAAAUAAAAAACAGUUAAAAACAAUUCCAUCUUUUUGUCACUUAUCUUUCAUUUGCUUGUUUCCCGGACCUCCUCAUACCUCCCUUUUUUGUAUUCCAGUUCAAUUUAUUAGUUCGGCAAUUCCUUUCCCUCCUUAUUUUAUCCUGAUCUUUAAUCUUAAUAUAUUAUAGCAUUAAAUUUUUACCUGUUAAAAAUCCAAUUCUUUCAUAUUCUUUUAUACCAUUACAGCUAGAAACCACUUAACUUCAAUCCAACAUCAUUCUAACAUUCAUUAAUUUUGCAAUAUUUCUGUAAAUAGUCUUUAAAUAUGAUUCUAAAUACAUUCAUAUUUAGAAUUUUGUUAAUCGCUUGAAUAAAUUGCACUAAGCCUUUGUUCUCCCGCCUUUGUAGUUUUGUAGCUUCGUUAUGUACAAAAUCUCUGUUCCCCUCUGCUUUGACUAGUUGCUAUCUUGUUCUUUUUGUUUAUCUUGUUCUGUAUUAUCCCCUUGUACUAAUCUUCUCAAGCACUAACGCUAAACAAGCAAACAACAUGUUAACAAUAGAUCAUUGGAGCAUGAGAUCCCACUAACCCACAUCUCCUUUGCAGUACCUGGCAUGGGGACAACAGAUCCCAGCUCUGUUGAUUAAUCUGGAAUUAUUCCUGGAUCUGUGCUUGCAGUCCAACUCCAUUCUAAGUAUGCCUGGAAAGAGUGGGAAAUCUUUUGCAUUUAAUCACCCAUACUGUGUGAGAACAACAAGGUAUUUAAUAGUUGUUAAGGAGUAACACUAUCAUGUCAUGCGAUCCUGUAUGUGUGUGCCCACAGGUGGCUCUGGGAUGAUCUUAAUUUAUGGGUCUUGUUCUUUAAGUGGACUUUUCAAAGUGGCUAAUUCUCAGAUUGCCUCCAGGCUGUCAGUAUUUUGCGUGAGUGAUUAAAGUGCCUACUGGAAGUUUAAGUUUGCACUCUGCCCACAUAGUGGAUAAAUAUCACUAUUUAUUUAUUUAACUUUUUGCUGCUAGGAAGGUGACAGGGAAAUGCACUGAAAAGUGUGAGAUGAACAAAUGACACAGGAAGAUGGAUAAAAAGUGCACAAGCAAAUCAGGACAAAUGCUCAUUGUCAUAUAACCACCCCAUUAACUGAUCAGGACAAAUGUUCAACAAAGACUGGACACGUUCUAACCUUCCUCUCUGGAGGAGCCCACGUUUUCAUGCAGCGGUAACAUUUGACCACUAGAGGCCACUCUGGUGUGUGCCUGUGUGAUCUUGCUGUCUCCUCCCCUCAAGCAGGGAGCCCAGAUUGGAUAUUGACAGCAAAAUUAGUGGCUUCAGAAUGGAGCACAAAGAAGGUUGUUGGUGUUCAGGUCUUGGCUUGUGCAUGCAGCAAUCAAUUUUCAUCCAUUCACACAUCAAUGUAAACAGCAUCACUGGAGUAUAUGAGAAGGACCGGCUCCUAAGGUCUUGAUGGAUUAUAGACCAGGGGAGUACAUUGCUUCCCUCCCCUCAUGGUGAAUUCUGUUUUAAAUUGAAAGCUAAUUGGUAGGGAGGAGGAUAAUGUUGUUGCUUUUUGGAUUCUUUUUUUAAAAAUUGAGCUCAAUGUUCUCUUGUACCCCAAGGUUGCACUGGUGAGCAACUGUGGCACGCAACCAGGGAAGGCAUGUGUGUGUAUGUAUAUAUAUAUAUAUAUAUAUAUAUAUAUAUAUAUAUAUAUAUUUAAAAAGAUUGCACAUAGUUGGUUUGUUGCUACUUCUCACUAAUGAUAUAUUGUACCAUAUGCAAUAUUUGUUUAUCCACAGCCCCAUUAGACAUCCACAGCUAUUGAGAUUGCUUCUGUGGAAAGUGUCACAUUUUCUCAUGUCUGAAAUAUCUAAUAUGGGUGGGUGGGAGUAACGUCCCUGCAAUAUAAGGGCAUCGUCCAUGCAAGGCCGUAGACCAUGUUCAACAAUAAAAAAGUAAUUCUGGAGAAAAGGGGAAUAAUGCAUGUCCUGUAUAUUAACUUCAUUAACCAAAAUUGAAAAACCACAGAAAUGAAGCAUUUAGUUUGUCUUUUAUUAUCUCCUCAUGCUUUAAAGUCCUCCAGCAGGCUAAGUCCAUUGCUUAACAAGACACAGCUUGGAAGUGCUGAUCAAGUAACACUCUUCAUCUCACUGCGAUAACAUAUAUAUUGCCGUUUGUUCCAAUCUGCAGUUUUAUCAGAAUGCUUUGAUUGCUUUGCAGAAGCACCUGGCUCCUGAGAUUGUGAACUAUACCUGGAAAUAGGAGCAGGAAAUGUAACCCCCAUACACUUCAACCUGCUUGCCUUAAUAUUCUUUAGUAGAGUGGGCCAAAAGAUCCUUAUGAGUUAAAUAAGAAAGGAGUACUUAGGCUUCACAUCAGCUUGGAGUUUCAUGUGCAUAUGUGUACGAUGUAUGUGAACCAUCUCUAUUUAUCUACAUGGAAUUAGCUUAAAUACAUGGUGUGGUGAUGGCAGCAGUCUUGAGCAGAGUGCUAGUGUGAAAGCAAUUAAAAAUUAGUGUUGCGCUGAUUCUUUUUUGAGCUUUAUUUGUGUUGUGACCUGACUGUCCUUCAUCUCAUCAUCCGGGUUUCAAAAGUGUGGCUGGUGGGCUGUUGUGGGAACGAUGUGAUCCUCUUGGCAAAGCAAGGUGGGGUGAGGCACAUUGUCCCAAGCCAGCCCCCACUGGAAACCACUAGCUACCACUAAUUUGGUGCCAGAUGUUUAUUGUCUUGAGGUUUUCCAAGCAGGUGAAGUUCCCCAGAUGUUUCUUGGAUACCACACAAGCACUUGCAGAGCACCCCGUUCUGCUUCAUCUAUGUGAAGAGCACCCACCCCACAGAACCUCAGCGCACAGUGCAAACAAGCCAAGAAGCCCUUGUUUCUAGAAGAGUCCAUUUAAGUUCAAAGGAAGGGGCAAGGUCAAAGAGAGCCUCUUGUCACACUCCCCACUUCUGUAUCUUAUAACUAAAAGAAUCUGUGGGUGUAACCUUCUGCUGGUGUUGCUGAGCUCAUGGCUAUUAUAGUCAGGAUGAUAAUUGCUGUGUUGGCUUACAGCUACUUUGACCUGCUCCUUUUGUUGGUGAUGACCCUGUUCUGGUACUUCAACCCUGGUCAUCCUUGUGCCCAUAGCUUCCUGAAGCCCUUUUAACACUGUCCUGAGUUGGAACACGACAAGCCUCCGUUUGCAUGGAUUUAAGGUUGAGAACAGAUCAGCCUCUCUUUGUGCCAAACUGACCUUGGCUUAGUUUGAAAGGAGUUGGCUGGUAGAUGCGUAAUUCUGUCUCACUGCUGGAAUAGAUUGCCUUUUGAUAGACACUUUCCACUUCUGUGAAUUUUUAUUCUGUGUAAAGGAGCUGCUGCCGGACUAAGCAGUGUGCAGGAUGACAGCACCCCAUACUUCAGAGUGUAUGGACUGUAGUGGACUGUGGCUGACUUUGCAAUAGCUUUUCACUGAAGGGGAUAAAUGCUGCCUUCACAUUAUCUGUCUGAAGGCUACUGGUUCCAGAGCUUCUGUCUCCUAUUUCUCAUAUAUAUAUAUAUAUAUAUAUAUAUAUAUAUAUAUAUAUAUUCCUGCCACAGUGGUACCUAUUUAUCUACUUGCACUGGAGUGCUUUUGAACUGCUAGGUUGGCAGGAGCUAUACACACACACACACACACACAGUUGGCAACACACAUACUUAUAAUUGUAAAUCCUGACCUAAUAGCAAGAGGUAGUUUUCUAGUGUUGUAUUUCACUACAUACAGUAUUUCACCUGGGUGCCAGAUCCACUGUCACAAGGAUCAUACAAAGAUUCCCCAGCCCCUCCCAUAUACAUGAACAUUAAGGAGGAGAUGGGAUUUUGUUGUGUCCUGAGGCUGCAUUGAGAUAACAGUAUCUCUGGCUUUUGGCACCUGUUAGCACUCGGCUUCCCUGCAAAAAGGCCUACUCUCUGCAAGAGUUUAGCUGUGUAGCUGCUCAAGCUCCGGGAUCUCCCACACACAUUGCUUUGUGUCUUUCAACAGGGAAUCUCUGCUAAAUGAGUUUGCACAUUUUACCCCUUUUGUAAGGACAGAUGCUGUGCAUCAUCAUCAACACUGCUUUGUGAAUGGUUACUAAUGAUUUUACAUACAUUUAACUCAGCCUUAACAUACAAGUUACAGUCUGCGUUCUCUUAUUUCCCCACCUCCCUCUGACUUCACAGCUCAUAUUCUUUCCUCUCCACAACUGUGUGUAUGUACUGCCAAUUUAGGGUAACACUUUUGUGCAUCUGAAGAAGUGGACGCUAGUCCAUGAAAGCUUAUGCCUGGCAGGAGGGAUUUCUUGGAUGCAAUGAAUGCAUCAGAAUGAGCGAGCGAGGCUAGCUUAAUCCAGCCCUUCAGAAUUGCAGAGCAAAAUCUCCUGACCUGAUGGUGUUUGGCGGGGUGGGGGAGAGUAGGAAAACCCUCCAGAUCCAUCAGGCAUCUGUACCCAGUUCCUCUUCUCCUUUGGACUCAACAUUUGGAAAGAGAUUCAAAGUGACUAGAGGGAUGGGGAUGACACAUACACUGACAUCUCUACUCACUAUCCCAUUGGUAUAAGUGCACUCUUCUCUUCUGCUCUGUAAUAAGAGUGGCUGGCUGGACUGGGGUGCAGAGUUGUCUCUGAUGAGCGAUAAUAACCAAUGGUUUAUGGGGAUUAAGGAAUUAACUCUCGCAAUGGGAGAAUCGUUGGCCUGGGCAACCCUUGCCCUCUUCCAGCAGGCCACAGUUGGGGCUCUUGUUUCAGGUUUCGUCUAUCUGAAGAGCAGGCGCCAAUGCCAGGCUGGCAGCCUCCCCUGGGCUCUGCUGGUAUGAGUAAUAUGCAGAGCCUGGGCAGGCCCUCCCCCUCCCCUGAAUCCUGGCACCAGGCCCUGGCAUUUUUCUUGACUCUGGUUCAGGCACGUCCAGUUCUACAAAUGAAAGGCUUAGCCAGUCAGAAACUGCCAAUGCUGCUGCUCAGUACGCUGUUAAGAUCCGGGCACUUCUAGGUAUGUGUGGUGACAAAAAUAUAGACCAGGUGGGUGAGAAGGGCUAAGGGAGAACACCAACAGCACAAUGGAGGUAUCUAAAAGCUGGGGCUGAAGGAGUUUGGGGCACAGUCUGGGAAACACCCAGAAGUGGUAGAACUUGUACGUGGGAUAUUGGAUGCUCCCAUUCCCCACUCUUCUCCCUCCUUAGGCAGGGAUAGGAAUGGAUUUGAAAGCUAGUCAGGUGUUUUAGAUGCCAAUCAGGUUGAUGGCUGGGGGGGAAACUUGCAUACCUUUGGCAACGUCUUUGUUAGUGCCGUUUUUGCUGACUGGAUUUAAAAAACAACAACAAUCAGGCAGUAGAAAAAAUAAAUAGAAGUAUCUAGAAGGUGAACAAGUAGGGGACCUGUCAGGUGUUGGUAGACUAUUUUUAUUACCAUGCUUCUACUUUUAUAUCAUUUGACAAACCCUUCUCCUCCCCAUGCCAGGCAAUCAAUAGCUUUCUGAAUAUUGGUGUGCGUAGUGUAUUUCUAGUGUCCGCUUUGAGCCCUGGCUAUCAAUUUACAGGUAGCGGCUGAAACAACAUCAGUAAAUAUACCUGACUGCUGCCAGCUGCAAAGCAGGCUGCUUUCUCCUCUGGCACUAGAAUUCCACCCCCAGGCCAGCUCUCCCCUUGGCGUCUGUGGGGCAUUAUUGGGGAAGAAAUUCUGAAGGCUUGGAUGCUGCCUUAGAUAGGGAUUCCUUCUGAAGUCAGGCAUUGGGGGUUCCUUCUCUGUCCAGUGAGCUAGUUUAUCAUUACCCUCCCCCUUGGUCUUGUGAUACUAUGCAAUCCUUACCCUUUUAUCCAGCAUGAUACUUCUUAACCACCAACACACACACACACACACACACACACACACUCUCCAAGCAGAGGCAGCUAGGAUGCUCUUUGCGAUGGUGGAAUUAUCAAGGAGAACCAUUGUAAAAAAAUAAAAAGGAGAACCAUGUAGGAUGAUGGGAAGAACAUUAAGAAACUGGUAGUCACCAUAUGGGCUAGCCUUGCUCAGUUGGAUGUUCUGGGGGUGGACUCUCAGGCUGGGUUGAAGUUUUCCAGAGUAUGUUGUCCUCUGCACAUUUUAAGCUCCGUUGUUUCCUCUGCAGCAAGAGAUGGGCAAGGGCAGUGCCUAGAGAGAUACAGGUGUCCUCCCGCAGCAGUGCUGGGACUGGACAUGUUGAGGCGUCACAUGAGGGUCUCUCCCUGUUUAAUGCCCCCUCCCAUCUGCACUGAACUUUCCUGGGCACAAGCCAAGAUCCUCUUAACUCUCCCAUCUCCUUAGCAGCUGCAUUAAGCAAAUCAAUUGUGUUGGUGUCAUUGGGAUGGGAUGGGAGGGCAGGGCUCCUUCUGCACACAUUCCUCUCUCCCCCCCCCCUUGCAUUUCUCUCUUGGCGCUGCUGCCACGCUCCCUCUCUCCCUCUCACUUUCAUCUCUGAGAGCCAGGCAAGCGCAGCUCAGACUCCACUGCCUCAGACUUCGCAAACUCCCUGCCCUGCACUGUGUGACCCUUUUCUCCCCUUAGCAGGCACAGCAAUCUCUGUGCCCCUUGGGAGAGGGUCAGAGGUGCCCCCGGUGCUGUUCCUCAUGGAGGCUGAUCUUCAGCAGCAGGGUUGAAAGCAGCAGCAGCGUUUCAAAGGGAAUACAAGGACCCACGGGCAUGUGGGUGACCCUGGCUGAGCUGGGGUGAGUGAGGAGCUGGGAGAGCAGGCACGGGUGGGCUUGAGGGCCUUGAUGCCAUGAGUCCCCUUCACCAUGAACCUGGAAGGCCUGGAGAUGAUUGCCGUGUUGGUGGUUCUGGUCCUCUUCGUCAAGGUGCUGGAGCAGUUUGGACUCUUUGAGCCGGUCUCCUUGGAAGGUAAUGCACAGGGAAAGGGGUGGUCCUGGGGAACUGGCUCUGCUUAAUCUGUACUCCUCCGGCUGGUUGUAGGGUGAGCCUUGAUUAGCCAAAUCUAUCACUUUUGACAGGGCAAUGGGUAGUUAAGUUUAGUUCAACAGUGGAGAGGGAGCCUCUGCUGCAACCCAGAAGGCUUUAUUAUCCCUUCGAAAAUAAAAAAUAAUAAUACUUGGAUGGUCUCUAAGGGGCAAUGAGAGUGUGGAAAGGGUCGUACACCUUUUGGAGUACGUGCAGUUGAAGACUAUGCUAAAUACAGAGGAUAAGCAGCAAUGCCUAUCCUUAAGGUGAGAACUGGAAACUAAAAUAAACUUGUACUUUGUGCAAAGUAAGAGAGAAGCUCUACACCAAAUGGGUGAGCCUUGGGGGAAGUAGAACUUCGAAGCAGGCAGGUCAUCUAAGCCACAAGCCUGUGUUGGACACAGUGUCCCCUGCCAGGGUGAUGACUUCUUAAAGAGGCAGGAAACCAUGGAACUUUCUGAACCCCAUCUAGAUCUGUAGCAAGUGGGCACGAGUGUGGUACCAACUUGGUGCCACUAAUACAUGCGUUCACCUUGCAUGCAAAAAACAUUUUAGGGGUGCAUGCUUGGAGUGUGGACUGGUAAACAAGCAUGGUGAACCUGAGCAGGAGAUGUGUGACGGAUGGCAUUGGAAGGUGGAGGGGGCACUGUGUGUAUGGGUUAUUAUGUUGAUAGAGGUGGUAGCUUGCUUUCUGUUGGCAAUAAACACAUGUGAAGCAGUAGUAUUGGAUGACUAGAGACAGGCACUGUGUGCUUAUUCUAGUCGGAAAUGUGAAAGUAUUGAUGAGCCCUGUAUAACGAUCUCUGUUUCUGUAUGUGGUGGACUCUGCAAAUGCCCUUCUGCUUCAAGGUGUCAGCCCCUCUCUUCCUAUGCUAGACUUCCUUGAGACUGGGCUUCUCUAGGCGACCUGUUUAUUAAGCACUCGUGCUAAUUUGCUUGCACAGAUCUUACCUGGAGCUUAGAUUAUGACCAGGCUUUAUUAAGCAUUCAUUCUGAUUUAUUUGCAAGGGGGGUCAUGUGGCAAUGAACAUUCAUUCUGAUUAAGAGGAAAUGAUCUUCUUACUAAUCGCUUGCUCAUCCCAUCCUUUUAAGUGCACUUCCUAGUCACUUUCUUAGCUGCAAAAAGUCUGGGGCAACAGAUCACUUUAAUCCACUUCAACAGCACAAACCUAUAUUUCCAGUAUGCCCUUGAGUCCCUCCCUGAAAAUAGUGCUUGUCUGGAGGAACCCAUUGUCCCUCACUGCAGCACUUAGAAGAGGAAGAUGCAGGAGGAAAAAUGUUAACAUAAGGACCCACAAAGGGGAGGAGGGAAGUCCAUGGGAAUUUAUGGAAGUCUCUUUUCAUUUUGAUUGCUUGACGAUUGAUUAUAAAUUUCAAAAUCUGAAAAUUAAAUAAAUUUAUUUUUAAAAAAAUAGAAGAGGAAGGGCUGUAACUCAGUGAAGCGCAUGUGCUUUGCAUGCAAAGGUUUCCAGGUUCAAUCCCCACCAUCUAGUACUGAGCUAGAUGGACCAGUGAUCUCACAUGGUAUAAGGCAGCUUCCAAUAUUCCUAUAACAUUGCAGAAUGAAAAUAAUAUGUGAUGACGCCAUAUAAGGGUAAUAGUUUGACCAGGUGAUUAGAUGGCUCACAUGCUCUUUCUCCACUGUGGGCUCAUCCGCACUUCUACUUGUGCCAUGCAUGGAAGGACAGGUCUGAGUGGUUUUCCCCUUGCCCCGCUCCUCUGCAAGUGAAAAGCCAUUCUUUAGUGAUAGAUUGGAACAAAUGGCAAUCAGGGAAAGCCAAAUUGCUGUUUGCUCAAAUUGAAAAAGCAGAGUUUUCCCCAGGGGAAAGUGGCAGAAUGAGAGGAAGUGUGGCUAAGCCCUGAGUGUUGAACAAGUUGCCUGAGGUUGCUUGCCUGUAGAACUCUGGGAAUUAGCCCUGAAAACCAAUACAGUUCCAAGAAGCAGAGACAGGGAAAUAAGAAAAGCAAGCAAGCCACCGUAGAUUCUGCUUGGGCAAGAAUGUUCUGUGCAUAGUUUGACCCUUGUGUCACUUGCCUACUCCUGCCCUGUGACAGGCUGCUCCCAGAGCUGGACUCCAUUGCUUAGUAUGAUAUUUUGGAGGAGAUUUCUUGGUUCUGGGAGCUCAUAAAGGAUCUUUCCCACCCUUCCCCAUUCACGGGACAUUCCAUUUUGUCUGUCCUUUUCACACUGGCCAUGUAGCCACGAGUGUAAAUAAGUUUGUUUCAGUUCCUACUUUAACCUUGGGGAAAACCAGUCCCAUUUGCCCCACCCCUUUGGCGGAGAGGGGCAAGUUAGGUGUCACAGAAGUGGAUUACAUGCUUUGCUGCAGCUAUGGUGCUUUGCCUUUCAUGGGUUUUCCAUUCCUGCCUGCUUUCUCCACUGAGAGUUGGGCUUAACUCUGCCCCCUCCAUUGUGCCUGCUGCGUUAUCUCUUUGUGCAGACAUUCUGGACAGAGAUCUGUGGAUGCUCUACUUGUUGCUGCUUGAGACUGGGACUUCCCAGAGAUUUAUGUGUUGGAGGACAGCAUCCAGUUGCUUUGCAGAUGACUUAGUUUGGGCUACAGGGAGUGGAGUCUAAUUCUUUGGCUGUUUGGUUUUUAGAAUGGAUUUUCUGCCUGAGAGGAUGCAGACAUUCAAUAUGUGUCUACACAAGGAGAGAGAUCAUAGUCUGGCAGAUAAAACUGUGGCAUAUCCAAGGUUAACAAGUCACCCCAGUUGUCUGAUGGUCGCACUUCUUCAUAGCAUGGCUGCAGAGCCAGUAAAACACCAUCUCUAUAGAUGGCCCUACGAAGCACCUUUCACUUCGUCAUCUAUCUGUUUCACAACACUAUUGUAGUCUGACCUCUUGUUUCCCGUGCAUAGACAGUCACCCCUGGCUAUAAACUUAGCAAAGAGACAAAACCAGAAAUGCAUUGCUAUUAACAUAACCAAUAAUCUGUUCACGACCUACAUGGUAACAUUGAUGGGUAAGGGAAAAUGGGUCACAUAGCAGAGAAUGGCAGUUCAAGAUCACAGAGAAAGGGAGUCUUGUCAAUAAACCCACACUAGCCUGGGGGGGGGGGGAAUUUAACGGCCUGCUGGGGUUUGUAGAGGUGCGAUGCAGAAUUCCAUCCUUCUUGCAGCAGCCUGUUGUAUUUCUCUGCUGGCUGUGGAGCAGGGGGCUUCCCUAACCCUCUGACAGCCCACUUCGUUUCUGUGGUGGGUGCAUUUUGUGCCUCUUCUAGCAGCCACGCCAGUUGCCUACAUGCAUAAAGGAAGUGCAUUCAGUGUUAGAGCAUCUGCCUUGGAUCCAGAAGGUCCCAGGGUCAGUCGACAACUCCUGGUAGGGCUGGGAAUGUCCCCUUCCUGAAACCUCAGAGAGCUUCUGCCAUUUAGUCAAAACAGCCCUGAGCUAGAUGGACCAAUGGUAUGAUUCAGUAGAAGGCACCUUCCUGUGAUCCUAUACAGUGUCUCUCUAGAAUGCUUCUUUAUUUUCCUUGUGCAUGAAGUGUAGGGCCUAAUCAAAUUUGAUGCCUCUGAUUUGCAAUUAUGGUAUCUAAUCAGAAUAUUAUGCCUAUAUAGGUACAUCCACUAAAGAAUAGCGUACCACGACAAGUCCUGUUUUGCUUUGUCCAGCAAAAUGUUGUCAUUGGUUGCUCUGUGGUUCCCCAUAAUUUGGUCUUGUAGGGCACAAUAAUGACUUGAGAACUGCAUGAAGAGUCAUUUGCAGCACCUUUGCAGGAGCACAGGAGCAGGCAUGUGGCUAGAGGUCCCUAGUCCUCCACAAUUAUUAAUCUAUCUAUUUAGUGCAUUUGUACCCCCAAAAGGCUCCCAGAGUGGUUUACAUACAAAUAAGAUAGUCCCUGCCCACAAGCUUACAAUAUAAAAGGCAUGGCACACACCUGGGGAAAUGGACAGGUAGCAAAGAGGGAAAAGCAAACUCAGGUACCAAUUCCUAAAGUUAAAUAGUUCAGGGACAGGAUGUGCCAGAUGGAGCUGGUCUUUCAGCAGAGCUGAUGGGAGUGAGCCCUGCUUUUCAUUUCUUCCACAACCACUUUGUAAAUGGUGUAAGAAUGUAAGAAGAGUCUGCUUAACCAAGCCAGUGACCUAUCUAGUCCAGCUUCUUGUUCUCCCAAUAGCCAGCCAGAUACAUAUGGGAAACUUGCAAGCAUGACCUGAAUUCAAGAGCACUCUCCCCUCCUGCUGUUUCCAGCAACUGGCAUUCAGAAACCUAAUGCCUCUGAUCACAGAGGCAGAGCAUAGCCAUCAUAGCUAGUAGUCACAGAUAGUGUUAUUCUCCAUGAAUCCAUCUAAUCCUCUUUUAAAGCUGUCCACAUUGGUGCCCAUCGCUGCCUCCUGUGGGAGCAAGUUCCGUAGUUCAACUGUCAACCUUCUGAAGAAGUACUUUCUUUUUAUCUGCUCUGAAUCUUUCGACAUUCAGCUUCAUGGGAUGUCAAUGAGUGUAAGGAGAAAAACUGCUCUCUAUUCACUUUCUCCAUGCCACACAUAAUUUUAUAAACCUCUCAUUCACCUUUUCUUUAAGCUAAGAAGCCUGAAAUGCUGCAACCUUUCCUCAUAGUGGAGUUAUUUCAUCCCCGUGAUCAGAUUGGUUGCCCUUUUCUGAAACUUUUUUCCAACUCUACAAUAUACUUUUUGAGGUGAGGUGACCAGGACUGUACACAAUAUUCCAAAUGCAGUCACACCGUAGAUUUGUGUAACAGCACUGUGAUAUUUGCAGUUUUAUUUUAGAGCAGUGGGAGAGGGGAACUUCCAUAGGCUUAAUUAGGCCUGCCAGGCCUCACAUCAUUGGGCCCUCAGGCCAUUCUGGCCAUGUCACACCCACCUGCCAAGGUAAAAGAUGACCAGGCCAAAAGGGACUCCUGAAGUUCUGCCAGUCAGCUGAUCUAGUAGCCUGCCAUCGCUACUAGGUCUGUGGGAAAUCCUGUAACUCAAGACAAGUUCCCUAGACUGCCCUGCUCAAGACUGAUACAAUGCUGGGAACUUGUGAGAGGAAUUCUUAUGUGCCAUUUCCCUCCCACAAAUUUUUGUCAUCCUUGAAGCAGAAAUGAGAACCUACCUGUUCUCUUUGGCCUAUAUGGCUCUGCCCUGGUCUCCACCUUCCCACCCAGCAAGUACAUUGCUCGAGGGCAUGAGUGAGGAUCCAUCCCUGUUUCUGAGCUGAUCCUCCGGCCCCUGCCUCCCCCUCCCUCCGUGUGUUAUUUCUGACCACAAAAGUGCUCCCAGGCCAGGCACUGCUGCAUCAUGCCAGCUGGUGAAACAAAAUCCCCUAAUGGUUUGCAGAUAUUAAUGGAUGCGGCCCUGCAGUCAGCCCCACUGCAGUCCAUGCUGAUCAUCCCUGUGUCUAUGCCAAGCACUAGACUGGCUUUUUUCUGGCUGUUGCCCAGCAUAAGAAAAGGGCAGGACAAGGUAGGUGGGAGACGAUGAAUCCCGAGAUGGUGCAGGAUGGCGAAAGCAGCUUCUUUUCGAUUUGCUGUCCUCCCUUGGAAAGUCAUUCAAUUCAGAGGCACCUGAUCCCAAACAAGCCUCUCUAAUGUGAGUGCCAGGGCAGCCUAUGGAUUAUUAUUCACGGUGUAAUUAAUGAUUAGCAACUCUCCUAUCCUCAUGUCUACCUCAUUUUGUGAGUGUGUGUGUGUGUGUAUACAGUGGUACCUCACUUUAAGAACAACCCUGUUUACGAACUAUUUGGUAUACGAACUCCGCAAAACCGGAAGUAGUGUUCCGGUUACCGAACUUUACCUCGGUCUACGAACAGAAGCCAAACGGUGGAAGGGCACCGGCAGUGGGAGGCUUCAUUAGGGAAAGCGCACCUCAGUUUAAGAACAGCUUUGGUUUAAGAACAGACUUCCAGAACGGAUUAAGUUCAUAAACCGAGAUACUACUGUACACACACACACACACACACACACACACACACACACAAUCACACACACUCACAAAAUGAGGGAAACGUGAAAAUACACACAUACACAGAUUUAACAUUUUGUAAUUCUGUGCUCACUGCACAACAGGUGUGGACAACUUUUGGCCCUCAAGUUGUUACUGGACUACAACUCCCAUCUGCCCCAACAAGCAUGGCCAACGGCCAGGGUGGUGGGAGUUGUGGUUCAGCAACACCAGGAAGGCCAAAUGUUCCCCACACCUGUAGAACACGUAGCUCUUUUUUCAAAAUAGCAAACUCUAGUAAGACCGUUACUCCUUUUGUUCCCAACAGAGCAGAGCCCAUCUUAAGACUGUUUCAUUCUACAGCUCCCCCCUCGCUCCAACCUUGUUUUCUUUUGUUUAACAUUCUGAGAAACUGUUCUGGAGAGAUCAAAAACUUGCGAAUUAUUUUGUGGCAGCAUGAUUGGUUCUAAUUAAAGUAUUGUCCUACUGUGGGUUUUUGAUUUCCUCCCAUUUUGUGAAUCUUUUGGUGAUUGUUAUUUUAUUCUUUUAUUCUGCCUCUCCUGCAUGGGUACAGCAGUUCCUCCUGUCAAACUAGUCCCCUUGGAGAGCAGGAGUUAACCCUCCUUUAGUCUCCCAUAACCAAGUUGUGAUUGUUUAAGCAGAAGUAAAAUCUGUCCAGGCCUACUGAAUUUCAGGAUGGUGCUCAGCUGACAGGAGUUUGUGUUUAUGUAUUUCAUGACGAUGUUCUACCCAGGGAAUAUUUCCCCUCCCCCAGAUAUUUAAAAACCUCGUUUUCUGCUAUUAAACUCUAUAUACUAUGAAAUGCCACAAAAUGUAAGAUUCAAAUACUUUUAAAAAAGAAAAACUGAAAAAGAAUCCUAAAACUUUAAAAGUAUGGCGAGGACAAAACUAAAAAAAGCCCCUCAAAUAAUGUCUGUUUACUAUUAAUAAACGCUUACAUACAUAAGGUGAUCAUUUGCAUGGUCCUCUAUCUGAAGUAUGGAAAGCACAGUCCUCUAUCUGAAAGUUCUAUUUGAAGAGCCGUCUGGUGCAAGUCCAUUUAAAGAUAAACAACUCUAAGGAGGGGCCUUGAAAUUUAUUCUGCCUGGCCUGCCCCCCUGGCAAUGUAAUGCACACAGAGGAAAAAGCUCUGCUGGCAUUGCAGUAUUACUGGGUAAAGGCUAAAAUACAGUUUGGCAUUGUGCGGGCAUAAAGAUGGAAAAGGGUGAAUUUGUCAAAGGAAGGUUUGGCUCAGUGCUAGGGCUCAGUCUUGGCUCACGAGAACUGCUGAGUACUCAGCAAGGUGGCUGUGAGUGGAAGCACAGAAACACUGACCUUAUCCUAAUGAAAGCUGUGUUAAUGGAUACAAGGCUUUGUGCUUUAUAGACUGAAAUAUGUUGGAUCUCUUUGAUCUUUAAUUGUGGAAGAGUGCAAAUAAAAGAUCUGUAGGAAUUUCCCACAUCCCAACCCUAAGUUAAAAAUGGCUUCUCUUGAAUGGGGCCUGAUAAUACCAGAUUGUUAAUGCUGGGAUUCAGCCCUUGGCUAUAAUCCGUAUGAACAGCCCCACUUUCUGUUUCUCCUGUGAGCUCUGGCUGAAAAGCAGGCUUACUGUACCAUUGGUGGAGCAAUGAAGAAAGAGCUGCACCACCUUUUUCUCUUCCCAUCAAAACUGCACUGAAGCCAAGUUUUCUGUCUUCUUCUCUUUCAUUGUCCAGCUUCGCUACCUAUGCCUUUGGGGGGCCAUAGGCAGGAACAUUUUCUCUUACUUUUUGCAGGGGCUGAGCAUGGGGGUGCUACUGUAACCUAAGAACAACUAGGAUUGUCUUAAUUAAUAGACUCAGCAGGUCUUUGACUGAGCCAUGCACAAGUCGAGAUUGUUGUGGGGCCCACAAUCCAGCCUCUUAAGAAUCCAUGCUUUCAUUACAAGCCCAAGUGCUUGUUUCUUAUGGCUGCAGAGAUAAGAUCAGAAUAAUUAUUCAGUGGAUUAGGCUUACGGUCCAACUAGUCCUGCAUGCUCCCUCCAGCAGUGUCCAGCCAGAUGCUCCUGGAUGUGAUGGAGAAAGUCAUCCACUUUUCUUUGUCCCCAUCUGUUGGUAACCAAUCUUGAAUAUUGGGGGUAGGAGUUUCCUUUGUUUGAUCCUGUGUCUUAUAGUACUGGUUAAGAGUUACAUUCUGUCCUGACUGCAAUCCUUUUAAAAAGCUGGUGAUCAUCAUUACUGCCACAGCUGCUGGUUUCAUGGGGGGGAAACAUUUUCUUGCAAUAACUCAGAAUGUGAGUUUUCCUAGUCCAAGAUUUUUAUUUUAAGAGUUUGCAUAGCAUACAUACUGUCCUAUGCUAAAGCAGUGGUAUGUGUCUUGAACUUCAUUCUGAUUGCCUCUGUCAUGAACUUUGUGUAUUUUGGCUUCAUGGAUACCCUGACACGUAUUUUGUGCAACACACAUGCAUUGGAUGGUACCAGGGAUUGCAGCUGGUGUUGAUGGCAUAAGUGUUGAAGGCAAGAAAACUCGGAAGGUGAUGGCCUCUCCUUUUAUGUCUGAAAAAUUUUCUAUACUAAAAUGUAUAGAAAAUGGAUAAUGUGCAUCUGGUAGAGAGAGCUGCAAAACUGAAAGAUCCCGUUUCAUAUCUUGUCUCUGCUGUGAAGUCUUAAGGGUGGCCUUAGGCAACCCUCCCUCUCUCAGCUUCAUCUACCUCCUUGUAUAAAAUAUGGAGAUUAUAUCACUGACCUACCUUACAUGACUGUUGUAUUACAAUACAGUGUAUAUGCAGAGUGUUCUGAAGACUUCUAAAGUGCUACCUAAUACCAAGGAUGAUCAUUAUUAUUUCAAAAUAAAAAAAAUUGGGGGGGGGGGAGGACUUUUCUACCGCCUUUGAAUGUAUAGAUGUGCUGGUGCACAUCUUCUGCAUUUCAUUCAUGCUGUGAAACAGUGUCAUGUGUGCAGACUUUAUGACUGGUGUUUCACAAUGUGCGGUUUGACAUCGUUUGCUUAGAAAGACAUCACUGAGCCUACAAGCAACAUGAGUCUACUUCUUAGCAUUGGGGAUGGGGAGCAGUGAAAAGAGUGCUUUAUUUACAUAUAAGUUUAAGGAUGUAUCCAGAAAAGGAGACACAUAGAAAUGGUGGCAGGCUGCCCCUUAUAUUUUCAGCUUGCUUUUCCCUUUGUUCCUGCCAAUACCCCAUGCAACUAGAUGGUCUGCACAUGCUCUAGAGCCAUCAGAUAGGAUGUUGUCCCCGUCUUUGGUGUAUACGCUUUCUCUGAGUGCUAUUUAUAUCCCACCAUGCCAGUAACUCCCUCCCUUAACAACCUUGGCAUAUUCAUGGCCCUUCAAGGUGGAAUGUGGUGUCCCCUAGUAGUUUGGAGAGGUGGUGCCAUCUGCUUUGAAGCCUUGCUGCAUCAUCACAGGCAUGCCAUGCCAGGGACUAAUGGUGUUGGGAGAGUCAUCCUUGAAACCCACGGUUCUUUAGAGCACCAUCUUUACUACUCUCCACAAACCCACAAAGGUGCUGACUCAUUGGUGGCCCAAAGGCUGCUGCUCUUCUGAGCAUUUUUAACUGGGUGGGGGUGAUGGGGAGGAUGAAAAAGCUGGCUUUAUUGAUUAUGGCUCCUGAAGUACCGGCAUCAAUAAUUCAGAAGAGCAGUUGGCAGGAAACGGAGGCCUCAGAGUGGGGCAAGGGAAUGUGACAGCUUGGAAAGGGAGCGGAGGAGGAGAUAAAAGCCUGGCCAGGGAAUAUUCACACAUAAUCUAGUCUGAGAUGGAUGUUGGGCAAAAGUGCAGAUUGAAAUUGAUGAGUUGAUUACCCACACUAGGAUGGAUGGGCUCAUCUGUGGGAUGAAAAUGUGAACAAGGGUAGUGAUAGGUAACCUCAAACCAGAGGCACCCCAGUAUAACCCAUCCAUUUUCUGGAGUAAGCAGACCUGAAGACUCCAUGUUCCCCAUGUAGCAUAACAUUCAGCUUGCAUGCUCACAGUUUCCUUAAACAUGUUCUUACCAGAAUAUCUGUGGAGCGUCUGGGUAUGUCGUGCUGCAUCAUGAGCAACAGCUUCCUCUCGUGGCAUCUGUUGUGAAAUCCUGGACAAGAUGGACUCUGGGCUGUGGCACAAUGGCAGAGCAUCUGCUUUGCAUGCAGAAGGUCCCAAGUUCAAUCCCCCAUAUCUCCAGGUGGGGCUGAGAACGUCCAGUGCCUGAAACCUGGGAGAGCCUCUGCCUGUCAGUGUAGACAGUACUGAGCUAGAUUGGCCAAGGUAUAAGGCAGUAUAACUCAGUAUAAGGCAGCUUCUUAUAUUCCCUAGGCUCUUAUCUUCUAGGGGACAGUUGAGAGUCUAAGCUUGCCAAACAUACCCCCUUCAAAUUAUGUACUAUAGAAUACAUGAACCAGCAAAUGUUGCAAGAACAGCAAAUUGUCUUUGAGAUCUCUCCAUCCUGCUCACUCAGAAGGGGAGUUUUCACCAUAAUGAUGGUAUCGGCCCUUAUCAAAAACACUGAGCUUGGUGCUGCAGAACCAAAGUAAUGCUGAGAAUAUUAAUAUAGGAUGGUGUCUGCACAUCCUCAGUCUGUUCCAUUUUGCUUACUCUGAGAUUGAAAUCUGUUCCGGUCUUAUCAGCCUCUCAGCAGCAGGUUUGUCUUCCUUGUCCUCUGCAUCCACCAUACAGGAAAUAGUAGCAAGCCUUGUUCUAGUUGCUAAUCUUGGCAAUCCACUGGCUGUCAUGGCAGCUCUUCCAAUAAGUACAUUGUCCAUAUUGUCAGUGGUGCCGCACUCCUUUGGAACAUGAAAUUAUCUCCUUCUGCACUUUCCCUUAGGCUACAUCUAGCAUUGUAAAAGAAUAUAUGGGACAUCUCCUGCAGCUCUUAAAAGGCCUCUGAGCUGCCACCACCUGUUAGUUCACUGCAGAGCAAUGGGGAAAUACCAAGUACAAGUCAUUAUCCAUGUUGACGGCUUUAUGCCUUAGUUAUUUAAUUAUAUCUCCUGGCAUUCCAGUCUCUCUAAGAUCCAUUCCCGAAAAAAGUAUAGUAAACCAAAGCAGCAGAGGCACAAAUAUGGCCUUUUCUAAAUGGCCAGUGACUUUCAUGGAGGAAGGUUAAUAAUGGGAUGCUGCAAAGAUACUGCAAAGAAUCUUUCUUGCAACCUGUGCUGUCCGGGGAUGGAGGGAGUUGCAGUCCAAAACACCUGCACAGCACCAGUCUGGCAAAGGAAAUCAGUGCCUGGUAAGUGUCCCUGAGGAAAGAAUUCCACAAGCAGGGCUCUAUUAACCAAAGGUUCUACUCUAGUGACAUGCAAAGGAGGGCUUUUGAGAUGGAUCUUAGACUGGGGCAGAGUCUCAUGGCAGCACAUGAGCCUUCAGAUUAGAUAUCCUGGUUCCAAGCCGUAUGAGAAUUUAUAGGUCAAAAUCAGCGUCUUGAAUUAUGCACAAGAACAAAUUGGAAGCAAAUGAGCCUCUUUUUAAUACUGGUGAGAUUUCUUCUAAUCAGCUGGUACCAGUCAGUAAUCCAGUUGCCAUAUUCUGAACCAACGGAAGUUUCUGAGUGGUUUUCAAGGGCGGCCCAAUGUACAGCUUGUUAUAGUACCUGAAUCUGGAUCUUACUAGGGCAUGGAUAUCACCAGCUGUGGGAAUAGUUUAGGUUAUUCUUAUAUCUCCUGAUUGUGGGACUACAGAUAUAUAAUUGGUGAAGCAAUGUUUAGUUCUGCACUUAUAGCCAUGCAUUUUUCUUUUGUUCCAAUUCAACCAUUACUCUUCUUCCUUUCUAAAUUUCUCUCACUCAGUUGGAAUUGCUAUAUAUUAGCUCCACCUGGUAGCUGGAGGGACAGCAUACAUAUUCAAGUUUUUAUUCAUUAUAUGGAUUGUGCCUGAUUUUGCAAAGAACUGUGUUUAAGUUUUGCUUUAUUACAGCUUUAUAUAUCUUUUGGUGUUAGUUGUUUCUGAGUGAGGAGGGAGAAGUUGUUUGAUUUGGCUUCCCUGGAUGUUUUAAAUGGGAAAAUGAAAUUGCAGCGAGAGUAGGCACCAAGGACAGCUCCAAAAUUUGCUGUGUACUUUUUCCCAAGGUCUAGAAGGCUGCAUCCUUCCUUCUCCUUCCAGCAGAUAGGUGCACACAAUCAUUUAAAGUGUUCUGUGGCACCCUCAUUUUUGACUUUCAACAGAGGACUCUGAGCUAAUUGUCCUUCUUCUGUGGCUUAUUUCAGCUGUGUAUGAAAUGCUGUCAAUACAGUAUAGCUUUAAAUUUGCUCACCUAUCUGACGACCUUUUCUGGGGUGAGUUGCAUUUGGGGGACUGGCCACAACAAUAUAUUCUGCCCUUUUCUGUGGAUUGCAUCUCUCCUGUGUAUAGGGCUCUUCUGGUAGUAAUGCUAAUUCAUAUGUAGCCCUGUGUGCAGGUACUUGCAUAGACUUUGUUGCUUUUGGUCUCUUGUAGUGAAUUCUGGUGUUUUCAUCCCAGCUUCCUUUAAGCUUGUUCAGAGAGCUGUGGUGAAAUUGGAUGAUACAACACUGGGCAGUGUUAUUCAUAUGACUUGUUUGUGUUCAUCCUGAAAGGAUGAUUUAGUUCUGUGGAGACUAAACCUGUGCUUCAGGUUAGAAUUGAAGCAAGACGUGAAAGUUUUUUAUACAGUUCAGGAUCCACAACAACCAAUGAGAAGUGGGGGGCAAGGCACAGAUAGGAGUGGAUCAGACCUCUAUUCACAAUAGUGAGAUUAGUCUUCCAUGAGAAAUAAAAAUACACUCUACUGGCAAAAGAGGCAGUGUGUAUGAUCUGGAGCAAGUUGCUCAGGAUAAAGAUAUACUUGCUUCCUGGGCUGAUUUAUUAUUUAUUGUGCAUCUAGAGGCUAUUUUCUGUAGAGCACGAUCAUAAAUCUAUGUGGUCAUCAACUGGAGCAAAUGUUCCCCAGCCUCCCUAGUGGGUGUUUUGUGAAAAAGAUGGAGUAUGUAGCUUUCAUGUUGUGCAAAACUCCCAUGUCCUUUUGCAGUCUUUAUAGGUGUGCUAUGUUCAGUGGAUCAUACAGCAGAGGGGGGAAAGUGUGUGUGAGAAAGUGAGUGACUACCUUUUAAAGUUACUCUUCCUUGUGAAAUUAUUAUCUAUGGCACUAUUCAAAGCUGCCCAAAGAGCAUGUGCUGAAACAAAAUGCCCAAAGCCAGGAGAGCAAAUAAACAACUUUAUUGCUUCCCCAAACCAUCUUUCCUUUUAAGUGCAUGUUUGACUGCUGUGUUCUCAGUGUUCUUACUGAAAGGUGCUGCUGUGGGUUUGGUGGUUUGGGUUCCCUUCCUUCCUGGAAGUGUCUUUGCACCUGACCUGGUCUGGUCUGAGGCAAAUGUCCCUAACUGCUUGGCUGUCUGGGUCAUGGUGUCUCUCAUUUCUCCUGUAUUGCUCAUCUCUCUAGCUAUUCCUGUUUGUCUCCAUUUGUCAGUCAUUGCCACUUCUUUUCUAUAAUGCUCAGAACAUCCUUGCAGUCAUGAGUCAUGCAUGCACACACACUUGUACACAAGCUUAAAAGCAGCAACAUUUAAAUUGACCCGAGGAAGUAAAUAGGAAGUAAUAUUACAAUGGUGCUAAAAAAAAUUCAUUUCUGGGCAAUAAAAGGUGAGUUUAUCUGAUAUCUACUGGCCUCAGUAGCAAUCUAGUAUAACUGAGGCUAGAGGAAAUAAUGCCUUUAAAUUUUUGUCCCAUUACCCCCACAAGUAAGUAUCUUGGUGUGUGCUGCUGGACUACAACUCCCAUCAUCCCCAACAAUUGAACAUGCUGGCUGGAGUUAAUAAGAAAUAGAUUCCAACAGCAUCUGGAGGGCAAUCAGUGCAACAACCCUGGUAAAAAACUAUUCUCGUGCAUUCUUGAGACAAGUAUGAAAUGAUCUGCUUUCAUAUCUUCUCCUAUCAAAAAUUAGGCUGCUGCUUGGCCAAAACAUCCAGGUGAAAGAAUAAUAAAACAACUGAAAUCAGACAAAACAAUAACAUAGCAAAUAAAAUCACCAAUAAAUCCAGCAAUAAAGUGAGAAAUGGCAGAAAUUAAGUACCCAUUAGUAGUCAAGUACAGGAAUAUCUUCACCGGGCAUCAAAAAGACAAUGAGAGUUGGUGCCAGCAAAGUGUCCCUGGGAAGUGUAUUCCACAUUACACGGGUGAAUUCACUGGGAAAGCCCUGUCUUCCCUAUCACCACUCACCACACUUCUGCAGGUGGCAGCAUGGCAGCACUCAGAGCAGAGCCUCUUAACAAUGGGGCAGGUUCAUUUUAGAUACUCCGUUCCCUGGCCUCAGGGAUCUUCCCUCCCCAGCCCUCAAAUAGGUAAGUGUGCUUAAGUGCUAGCUAGUUAAUUAAUUAAUUACAAAAUAAAUAAAUAAAUUUAAAGGUGAUAUAUAAAUUUAUUGAUAAAGAGAGCUGGAAAAACCCCAGAACUAAGCGCUGUGGGUUAAACCACAGAGCCUAGGGCUUGCCGAUCAGAAGGUCGGUAGUUCGAAUCCCCGCGACGGGGUGAGCUCCCGUUGCUCGGUCCCAGCUCCUGCCCACCUAGCAGUUCGAAAGCACAUCAAAGUGCAAGUAGAUAAAUAGGUACCGCUCCGGUGGGAAGGUAAACGGCGUUUCUGUGCGCUGCUCUGGUUUGCCAGAAGCGGCUUAGUCAUGCUGGCCACAUGACCCGGAAGCUGCACGCCGGCUCCCUCGGCCAAUAAAGCGAGAUGAGUGCCGCAAACCCAGAGUCGGUCACGACUGGACCUAAUGGUCAGGGGUCCCUUUACCUUUAAGUGCUCAGUGGCCUGAGCUAGAGUAUAUUUACUCUCUCUGAGUUCAGCACAACUUGCAUCCUGAUAACUUUGGAAUGUAUCCAACUAAGUCAUACUCAAGGAAGAGCCAUUUAAAUCAAUGGAUUUAAGUUAGUCAAGUCCAUUGCUUUUAAUGAGUCUGCUCUUAGAAUGACUUUGUUGGGUACGGCCCUGCACUUAAAGUGUAAUGCUACAUGUCUAAUCAGAAGUAAGUCCCACUGAGUUCAGUGGGGCUUACUCCCAGGUAAGAGUUUGCAGUCUUAGGAGUUGUGGCCUUAGUCUUAUUUAAGAGAUUUUGUUGAUGAAUGCAGGGGAAACAAGACAUUUCUGGUCCCACAUUUGCAAUGAUGAUGGGGAGACCUGCAAAGCUCAGAGAACAAGGCAACUGAUACCCAACACACAAAAGGCAAGGAUCAGUUACAGCUGGACUGCAAUAGUUGAAAAACUAUUUUAUCAACGGGAAAGUGUUUAUCCUUUUUGUAAAAAGAGAUUAAUUUUGGUGUGCUGUAGAAUGACAUUUUCUUCCAAGCCAUUUUUACCAAGGUGUAUAAAAAGGUUUUUUCGCAAUAAGAUGGCAACCAUGCCAACCUUUACAGCUGCCUUUCAUCCAACCUGCCUAUCUGUUUUUGCACACAUUCUAUAUCUGCACCCUUCAUUUAUUCCUCAUCCUCUGUGGGCUGCAACCGCAUGUUAUGUUUUAAUUUGUACAGCUCAGCUUUAUACCUCAUUUGUCUUAAAAUGCUGACCAUUCUUACAGGAACUUCCUUCUCCACACAGCCUCUGCUGCUUUCCUAGAGGCAGGAAGAGGAAGGUGCACAUCUUUAUUCCCAGCCAUUUUCUCCUGAGAGCUAAGGGUGGAGCCUAAAGCCCUCAUUCACCUGCUCUGAGCUACUAGAUCUAAUUCUCAUUUAGAAUAAUAGAAUUGUAGAGUUCAAAGGGACCAGGAGAGUCAUCUAGUCAACUUCCCUGUAAUGAAGAAUCUUUUGCCCAACAUGUGGCUCAAAACCAUGAUCCUAAGAUCAUGUGAUACUGACUGAGCUGCACAUCAUGAUACAGCCAUCCAGGGUAUCAUGCUGGAAAAUGCCAUGUCACUCAUCUAUUGGAGCAGCUGAUUUCUUGGGGCAAAGAGUGCACACUUAAACACCUGGAUGCAGUUUCUUUGGCCCUCCCGGUGUUGCAGCUUCCUUUGGGUCAGGCACAGAAAACCUGUGGACCUCCAGAUGUUGUUGGACUCCAGCUUCUAUAAGUUGUAGUCAGCAUGGCCAGUGGUUGAUGAGAGUCCAACAACAUCUAAAGGGCCACAGGUUCCCCAUCCCUUCUUCGUGCCCAACUGAUGCUCAGUGGGAGCAUGCAUGUGCUUUAGAAGAGUUGUGAGUCAUUGUUGGGUGUACUGUGACAGUGCUGGAUCCAUUUCCCUGUUGCAUUGAAGCUAUGCAUGACUGUCUUUCCGAUCCAUACCAUGUCUUGUUGUGGCUGGUGCUUAGGGAUCGGGUGUGGGUGGAACAAAGGGUGCAUAUGUUAAUGCUUCUCCUGGUUGGCAACUGUCAUUUCUUUGCAGGCAACCCACCUGGCCACGCUAAAAAAGCCCUGAAGCAGCGGUUCCUCAAGCUGCUGUCCUGCUGCCGUCAGCCCAAAUCCAUCCCCUCAAUCAGCGAAAGCAAGUGACACUUUAUCCCUCUCUGUGUGUCUUCUCUGUUCUGUGACAUCAUUAACUCCCAGGAGCAGGGGAAGUGGGAGAAGGGAUUCCUUCUGUAUAGUAUUUAUAUAAAAUACUUGUAGGCCACUUUUCUCAAACACCAAUCCAAAGCAGUGUAUUAUAAAAGGACUGUGAGAGUGAUGUAGGCAGGGACAAAAGGGAAUAGAGGAGACAAAAUGUAGGCUCUCUGCCUCAAGCCGCUAAUUGUGUAUGGCUGCUUUGUGGAUGAACUUGUGUCUGGAAUAGCUGUCUUCUCCAGCUUUCUACUCCAGUUGACAGAGCUCAAAAUGAAUAGGAAGACAAAGGACAGCAAGGUGGGGAUUUUGUCCUAGAACACUGGAGAGGGCAGGUUGUAUGUGGAGGCAAUAUAUGCAGCCAUCAUGACAACAGCCGAUGCAUCUCAUUGAUUGAUUACUUAUAAUAGUGUGAUUGGGUUGAGUUUGUGUGUGGUUCCAAUUAAAAUCUGCUUCUGCCUCAGUCAAUGCCUCUGUCACUUAUUUGAUGCUGUUAAGAGUUUGGUUUCCUUGAUUUUGGUGAAUGGGCCUGACAUUAUGAAAUUGCCUACCUAGCAACUAACAUGUUUUUGAAUCCAAAGCAGCGUUAGUGGUUCUGCUUCUUUUCAUAAGAAUUUUUCUACUUCCAUUAUCUCUGCUUGUAUAUCAGUAAGUCAACAGAAAAUACAAAAAUGCCACAAGCAUUUCUUUCUUCCAAAGGAAAGUAAACCUGGUAGUACUGACCCUAGUCUUCUCAAUGUGCAUUGAAGUGAGGAGCGCAUAACACUGUUCACAGCCUGUGUCCAUGGAAGAUGGUGUAAAUCAACUCUUAUCUCUGGUUCCUAUCCAAAUUGAUCUGAAUUUAAUACUUAUCGUUUCCCUUGAUGCAGUAUUGGGAGAGGGGUAUUAAUGCAUUUCACAAACAGGGCUCUAUCCUGAAUUGACCAAAGCUCUCUAAACCUCCUCUAGGCCAGGAUGAUACUGCAGCACUUGAUUUCUGGCUGUAAUCCAGGUGUGAGAUCUUGCAUCUAAAGGUAGUUCCACAGAGUACAUGCACAUGAGAUGGGUCUAUUUGUGCCAAUGCAGGGUGGGAAAGGAAAUUCAACACCUCACUUUGAAAAAAAUUAAUUCAAGGAAUGCAGGUGGGAUGCUUUGGUUCUGUCCAUGCUAUACUUUUGAAGCUCUUUCUUUUCUUGCAGACAGUGUAGAGGAUGAGUUUGAGCUCUCCACUGUUUGUCAUCGGCCCGAGGGCCUGGAUCAGCUGCAGGAGCAAACCAAGUUCACCCGCAAGGAGCUGCAGGUCUUGUACCGAGGCUUCAAGAAUGUGAGUUGGAAAGAAACUCCCCUUGCUGCUGGUGCACUUACAAGCUUGCUUGGGGGCCAUUUCUUUUCCCUAUACUAGGCUUUAAAAAAACAAGUACAAAACUUUUGGAUAGAAAGAAAGAGACUAUCCUUUUCCAUAUUGUUGAAGAGAGCAUAUUUUAAAAUAUCCACUCACUACACAUCAAAUUUGCAAUUUGUAACUUACUCACAGUCACAAAAACUAUAACUAUAAUGAAAUCCUCUUUUGUGACUAUAGGCAGGCACUUCCAACACACUGCCCAGCCAAAGUGCUUCCCAUUACUCAGGAACAAAGAUGGAGCGUCAGACUUCUUGUAUGGCUCCAGUAAGCGCCCUCUCGCUCUCUCUCACACACACACAUAUUUCCCCCUUGAGUGUCUAUACAGCAGCACACACCACUAAUUCUCAUAUAAAUGAAAUUGCACCAGCACUUCGACAUGGGGUGGCAUGCUUCUUUCUGCUUUUGAACCACUCAUCCCUCCUAGGCCAGGAAUGGAUGCCUCCAAAGCACAGAGGGAUUUUCUUUGUGAUGUUUGGAUGCCAGAAGAAUCCAGCUACAUGCUAUGACUUCCUCUGAGCCUGGGGAGGCACCCUACACAAUAGCCCCCUCUUGCUAUAUCUUACUGGCUAUAUUCUGCACUCUGAUUGGAAUUUCUUCCUAUAUUAUCUCAAGUGUAACCACCAGUAGAUAAUAAGGUAAUGCUGCUUUCUGCUUUCAGAAGCAUUUGUUUUACUUACGUGCUUACUUACACACACACACACACACACACACACACACACACACCCGUGUACAGUGGGAUCACCCGCAGCCUGAGAGACACUGCUCAAGUUUUCCCCUAAGAGGUGAUCUGCUUUCUGUCAUUGGUUAUGAGAGUCAGCUCCUCAAAGUCCUCUUUGAUGACAUACCUCACCACACUGGCCCUACUCUGGGGUAUUGUUUAGACUAGCUCUUCCAAGGUGAACUUGUCUGCACUUUUCCAUUUGACAGGAGUGCCCUAGUGGCAUUGUUAAUGAAGAGAGCUUCAAGCAGAUCUACUCACAAUUCUUCCCACAGGGAGGUGAGUGCCACUCCCAGCUGAGAUCUUUUGGAGGAACUGGGAGGCCAGAUAAGGACAGUGAGUGGCUUGGCGGCUGCUAGAAAUAAUUUGGGAUAUAUUCUUGAGGGCCUUGGCACAGUCAUCUUCAGCUGCCCAUAGCUUCCCUGCCUGCUGUGCCAAGCACAGCUUCUUGCCCAAGAGAACGGUCCAUGACACAUCUUUGUAGUUAAAUAUGGCUUCCUCUUUGCUCAAUUUUAAACAGGCUUUUAAGACCAUUUUACUUGAGCAGGCUUUUCUUGUUAAGUGCCAGGACUGUUCUUUAUCAUGAUAAUAUGUUUUUAUUUGUAAGCUGCCUUGAGUAUACUUUAUUAGAGAAGGGCAGACAAUAAAUAUUGCCAUAAAUAAAUAAGAUAUCUAUGUCUAAGGGGAAGCAACAAUAAUUUCCUGGCACUUGAUAAAGUAUUUCCAAAAGCUGCAGCUAUAGUCACUUUCUCUGGUUGUUCUCUGCCUGCAAUUCGGUUGGUUUGUUGACAUCUGGUAAAAGGCCUCCUAAUCAUUUACUGUGAUGCACUUCUUUUCAGAUUCCAGUACAUAUGCAACUUUCCUUUUCAACGCAUUUGACACCGACCAUGAUGGCUCAGUCAGUUUUGAGGUAAGAUUCUACAUGCAGUUAUUUUUGUUGUUGUUUAGUUGUUUAGUCGUGUCCGACUCUUCGUGACCCCAUGGACCAGAGCAUGCCAGGCACUCCUGUCUUCCACUGCCUCCCGCAGUUUGGUCAGACUCAUGUUUGUAGCUUCGAGAACACUGUCCAACCAUCUCGUCCUCUGUCGUUCCCUUCUCCUUGUGCCCUCCAUCUUUCCCAACAUCAGGGUCUUUUCCAGGGAGUCUUCUCUUCUCAUAAGGUGGCCAAAGUAUUGGAGUCUCAGCUUCAGGAUCUGUCCUGCCAGUGAGCACUCAGGGCUGAUUUCCUUAAGAAUGGAUAGGUUUGAUCCUCUUGCAGUCUAUGGGACUCUCAAGAGUCUCCUCCAGCACCAUAAUUCAAAAGCAUCAAUUCUUUGGCGAUCAGCCUUCUUUACGGUACAGCUCUCACUUCCAUACAUCACUACUGGAAAACCCAUAGCUUUAACUAUACGGACCUUUGUUGGCAAGGUGAUGUCUCUGCUUUUUAAGAUGCUGUCUAGGUUUGUCAUUGCUUUUCUCCCAAGAAGCAGCCGUCUUUUAAUUCUGUGGUAUGUUAUUUAUAGAGCAACUUUUAUAACAAACCUUGACUGGGUGUUUCACAGAAUAAAAACAGUGCUUCUGGCAUUGCAAGCAAGCCCACAAAAAGCAGGCUUACAAUAUUGUUUCUCCAGCAGCCCACAGCAUUUCUAAGCAGAGAAGGGCACUUCCCUCUUCUUACAGCCUACUUGGUUUCUAUACUGAGUGCAAGAGAGAGAUGGAACACACAGUCCCUCCACCACUGCUCACCUGUGUGCAGUUUUUCAGGUGUUUAAAUUGUGUACUUUUAUCACUGAUGUGUAUGCUGCCCUUUGGGAAGAAGGGCAGGAUAUAAAUUUAAUUUUUUAAGACAUUCGUUGUCACCUAUGAGUACCAAAUGAGUUCUUAAAUACAGGGUGGUAAUUCAGUAGUAGAGCAUCUGCUUUGCAUGCAAAACAACCCUGGUCGAUUCCCAGCAUGUUCAGCCUUACAGCUCCACUGAUCCUAAAAUCUCACAAUUAUUUCUGCACUUUCAGUCUAUGCACCUAAACCCUGCAACUCAGGUCAGUGAGGCCACCUGGUAGAAGUGCAUGGACCUGCCUUUCUGAGCUCUUUGCUAAGUAGAGUGAGGGCAAAUGACAUAAAAAAACACAGACAUCCUACCUGAGGAAGGCAUCUUUCCCACUCUCUCCAGUGAACAACCACAACAGCUUUUUCUCUCUUGCCUAUUGAUUUUCCCAAAAGUUUUGUGAACUUUCAUUUGUGUGUAUUUAUAUUUCUCUCCUCUCAAGUACACUCUGUAGAUCUUUUUACUUCAAGAUUCAAACCCCGGAAGCUUAGGGCAGGUAGCAAUAAGUUAAAAAAUAUAAAGUAAUUAUGUACUAGAUAUCUGAAACUUCCUCAGUCUACACACUUAAAUAAAGCCAAUGGAAUGGCUGCCCUAAUGGAAACAAAUUUAAAUGAAUGAAUGAAUAAAUGUUAUGCUGACAGAUUGCCUUGUUCUAAUUUCAAAUUCUGUUGUCAAAAAAUAAUCAUGAAGGUUGAAGCAGGAAGAUUAGCAGGAAAGCUCUUAAGUCAGGGGUGAGGAACCCUUCCGAUGUUGUUGGGAUUCCAGUUCUGAUCAGCCCCAGGCAGCUUGGCCAAUGGGAUGGGAUGAUAGGAGUUGUAGUCCAGCAGCAUUUGGAGGGUCAUAGGCUCCUCACCCCUGCUCUAGGGUAUUAAACAAUCAGAUUCUCAGUAAUUCUUUCCCCAGGUGGGUUUUUUUACUCUGUGAGUUGCUCUUUGCAGUUUGUUGCCAUUGGGUCCCCUCCACAUCCCAGAAUCUGCUUUGCUUAAAUCUCAAGCCUUCAUGGCACUUGAGCUAGACUUGAUUGUUUCUUCACCCCACCCCAGCCUUUUCUUUUUCAUUCCCCUGCAGGAUUUUGUGGCUGGCUUAUCCAUUAUUCUACGUGGUACUAUAGAUGAUCGGCUCAACUGGGCCUUCAACCUCUAUGACCUGAACAAAGAUGGCUGUAUCACCAAAGAGGUACAUAUAGAGGGAGAUGGAGUCAAUGGUACCAGAAGAUACUGGGCUCUCCUGCUUGUUGUCCACUUUCUUAGGAAUCUCCUUCAGCCCACAAUCGAGUUCUGAUUUCUGCUUGCCAUUCUUUUUGUGCUCUUGUCUUGCAGGAAAUGCUGGACAUAAUGAAAUCCAUUUAUGACAUGAUGGGCAAAUACACUUACCCAGCCAUGCGAGAAGAAGCACCUCAGGAGCAUGUGGAAAGCUUUUUCCAGGUGAGCCUUGAGUCAGGACAUUUCCAUGGGUGAAGAAGACCCAGUGAAAUUAAUGAACAUAACUAAGGACCAUUCAUUUCAAUGGGUCUGCUCUGAGUAAAACAUAAUUACCACCCCAUGUCAGCAUCCUGCAGUUCUACAAAACCUUCCCAUCCCUGGUAGUUGAGCGAGUGGAUUAUUUUAGUCAAUAUAUUUGGAUUUGCCCUCUUCCUAGAAAAGCCUUUCCAUCUUGGCACCUUCCAGACAUUUUGGAUUCCAACUCCCACCAUACCUGCCCAGCGUAACCAAUGGCCAGGGAUAAUGGGAGUUGUAGUUCAACACAUUUGGAAUGCAAAUGUGUGCAUUUGGGUACAGAGUCAACACAGAGUAGAAAACUCAACACAGGGUUUUGUCAGAACUUUAAGCUUUCCCAAUGGCCACUCUUCCUUCCUCUUUCCAGUAGAGGCAGCAUCUCCCAUCUCUUACUGUUACAAUCAUAGUAGUGGACCUGUUUGCAGCACCAGCCCACUGCUGUUUCCUUGAAUGCUUGCAAGAUGCCAUUAGUGAGGUAGGGGGCCAUUCUCUGCCAGAAAUGCCUUUGAAGCUACCUAGAAGCUGACCGGUUCCCUGACCAGGUCUGCCUCAAGGAUGUCCUUCCUGGUUGUGGGUAUUGUAGUGUGCCUGAAGCUGCUCCUAGGAAACAGAUGUUACCUUGCCUUUAAUUCUCAUAUCCCUGGUUGUUGCAUUUCAGAAAAUGGAUCGGAACAAGGAUGGAGUGGUGACUAUUGAGGAAUUCAUUGAGUCCUGCCAGAAGGUAGCAUACCCCCGUUAGAGAAGGGUGGGGAUAUUGCAUUACUGUCAGUGGGUACAGACCACUGCUAUUUUUCUGCCACGCAUAAAAAGGGGGUGGGGGUUGAAAAGGUCCUUUACACCCCCUAUACGUUUUUUGGGGGGGGCGGAGGGAGUCAAAGCUGAUAAUUAGUUCUAGGACUUCUUAAUUAUUCUAACUUGUCCUCUUUUCUUUGGCAGGAUGAAAACAUCAUGAGUUCCAUGAAGCUCUUUGACAAUGUGAUCUAGCGGGCCACUCCUGGAGCCCAGACCUUCACACACACUCCUGGGGCUUCUCUUCUUGGUGUAUCCCUCUGAGGCAUUCUUCUCUUGGCUGUAUGGACAAAGCAGCCCCUUGUCCAUGCUGGACUGGGAGACAUUUCUGGAGACCAUGUAUUCGAGAUGCAACUGGGGGAAAGUCCCUGCAAUGGGAACCACAGGGGUGGGAGGGAGCCUUUGGCUGGGUUGGACCAAGGCCCAGCAGGGGGAACAGCCUGACAUCCACAAGCACUUCCUCUGGGCAUUGAAAAGAAAAAAAAACCCGGAUCAACCUGCUGCCUCCCCUUGGAAGCUGCACUGCCCUGUCACCAAGUAGUAUGCCCACCCUUUAGGGCCUUCCAAAUCACAGCAACCCCUGACCUUUCACUGGGGUUCCAAGCAGGUUUCACACCACCAAAUGGCAGUGCAACAGCUGAUUGCCAAGGACUUUCAAAGGAUUUUGUGUGUGUGCAAUCUUACCCACUGCCUAUAAGGAGUGGACUCCAUCUAAUUUGCCCCAAGGCUCUCACUGCAAUACCCUGAGGCUUCCAGUUGGGAGAUAAAUUUCCCAGUGUCAAGGUAACUUGCAAUCCUGGCACUAAACUCUGGGGGAGAGCUGAGGCAAAGAAAUAGAGAGUGAGUGGGAUUUUGCUUUGUGGUUUCUUUCCUUUGCAUCCUCAACAGGGAAUGAAAACUGUGAGCCACUCACGAGAGGCAGGUACAACACAACCUUUAGCUUUCAUUUACAGAUCAGGAGGGAGGGGUGAAUUAUGCUUGGAUUCCCAUGGCAAGAAAGUACACUAAGCUUGAUCAGAGCUUUUCCUUGCAUCCCGCCCCCUAUAAACUGUCAUGAAAACAGGGGUAGAAGUGGUGAGGACAUGUCACUAGAAACGUUUAAGUGAGGACGGAAUCUCUGGUCUCACUGGGCAGGGUCUCUAUGCGGCCUGAGAUAAUGAUAAUACUAUCUGUUACGCAGCUCCAACAACUGAGGGCCAUACAGAAAGUAGGUGUCAAGAGCUCAGACAUCCUUCAAUGAGAAGAAACUCAGGGUUCAGCUAAGGUUUACGGGUGACAGUCUGGCAUCAGCCAAGGGUAUGCUUUGUCCUUGAACUAAGUUCACUGAAAGAUAAAAACAUGACAUAGCUCCUUGACUUACAGUGAUCAUGGUGAAUGGAAAGGGCAUGUGUGAGAGUAGAUAAAAGAAAAUCCUAGGAAUCACAUUAGAGGGUGGGGAGAGCUUUGCUUUUUCUUCCCUGUGCCAACUAUCUCUUUAGCUGCUGCUCAUCUCUCUGUGAUGCUUACCCGCUUUUCAUAUUUUAUUACAAAUAAGCCCUUGGGUCAUUCAGAAGCAGAAACAGUAUAGGCAACCAGCAUCUUCAGAGUGUUUAUGAAUCUCCAACAGAGUGCCAGGUUCUGAACAGAGCACAGCAGCAACACUGUACCUGUGUAGAGGGCUUACAGAUCACACUAGCUGGCCAGGACAAGGAUACUGUAAUGGGUCAGAGAUUCAUAAUGAGCAGCGGGAGUGGACUAGCCAGAGGAGCUGAAAAUGUAGGUCUUCUGGAAGGGCUUAAAUUGGAAUAAGCUGUUUGAUGCAUGGAGGAAAGAGUGGCAUGGCAAUAUAGGAGAUGAAAACUGAUGAAAGAGGAGUUGUGCAAACUGCAGAGGCCAACAUGGAAAAUAAACAAAGACAAAGAAAGAGAAACUGCCUGUAACAGAGAUAUUAAGGGCUUAAAAAGAACUAGAAUCUUGAAGCUAAUUCUAGUAUGAAAAGACCACUCAGAUUAAGGCAAAGUAUAGGAAAGAGACAAGGAUGAUACUGAAUAGGUUUGGGUUUUUUUGGCCACACAAACAGGUACUAUAUCCCAAUGAAGGCAGAAAAGUGAGGGAAGAGUUAGUGAGCCAGAGGCUGAGGUACUCAACAGCAGGCAAUAUCUAGAUGGCAGAGAUGAGCACCCUCUAUCCUGGCCCUGCCUAGCAUCCCCUUCUACCAAUGUUCUUAAUAUCUUACCCACAGCCCUAGUUUUAUCCCAGCACUUAACUCCGCUCAGGCUCAUCUCAGUUAUUGUUCCUGCACCCUAACAACCAACCCUAUACUUUAGCUCCC